CAGGCAACCGGACUCCAAACAGCGCGCCGGCGCUUGCUCCGGCCUUGGGCAGCGCGGAGGGCGACCGGCCGGGCUCGGGCAGCAACACCAGCCCGAGGCGGCGGGCGGGACCGGGGCAGCCAUGGCGCUACCGCUCCUGCCCGGGAACUCCUUCAACAGGAAUGUAAGUGGGGGGUCGGCUUGGUUCUCGCCUCCCCCCCCCGCCCGGGGGCUCCCCAAGUUCGUGUCUCCGGCGCCGCCCCCCGAAACGCGCAUUGCCUUCCUCCUCGCGGGAGCCGCGCCUCCACGUGCUCGCACGGAUCUCCUCCCGAAAUCCGGCUCACGAGGACCCGCCACGGAUGAAACCCGAGACGUGACCCUCCCGCUGCACUGGGCUCCCACUGCAUGGCAGAACCACUUUCCUUGUAUUCCCUUUAUGAAGCUGGACCGGGAAUGCCCGCCCCCCCCCCAGCUCAAGUUUGGGGACUUGUCAUUUUAGCAGAUAAUGUGGGGCUAGGGGUGGGUGGGGGCAGCACCAGGAGGUGAAAAGUGUUAAGAAGUGGGGUGGGGAGGAAGAGAUAUGAAUCACUUAUCCCCUUCUCCUUUCACCCUCCCUGUGUGAUUUGUAACAUCACUUUUACAUACGACCUCUUCUUUUAUACGAGGAAAUGCCUUAUGUUGAGAUAGAUCUCCGUAGUUCAUCUCCUGCUGUCUGUAUUUGCUGCCUGCCUGUGGCUGUGCAGAGGCAGAGAGGUAUUUCCUUAACCCUUGUAUACUUUAUAACAACUUGGGCUGCACAUGCAACAUGCAUUUUCAGCACGUGGUUCACAUCAAAGGAAUUGUCAUUUAAGGGCACUGGAAAUGGUGGCUUGGUGAGGGAUGAACUGCAGCUCCUGAUAUUCUUUGGUGGGGAGUCAUCUGCUUUAAAUGCAUGGCGUGUAUGGGGCCUUUUGCAAGCUUAGUCUUCAAUAUACCCCAAGCAUUACUGGCCACUCACACCUCCAUAUUCAAGACAAAGGUACAUGCAUCAAAGGAAUACUUCAGCAGGGGAGGCAGGUGCAUUAGGGUGAAUGAGGCACUGCCCUACCAACCUCACCCUGCCCCCCCUUUGUCUUCCUUUUCACUUAAACACUCCAGGCUCUCAUUUCCUCUUCCUUAGUAUCAUUUUUUCCUCUGUAGAACGAACCAGGGAAAAUGAUGGGGGCAAAGCUAUAAUUUGUUGGCUCUGUCUGUUAUUGGCUUUGGCUCCACCCACUGUUUGUCUCCCUGCCUUCUGCCCUGUCAGUCCCAAUGGGUACCAGUUUCUAUUGGAUUAAUGUAAGGAUUUUUGUGUCUUGAAAGCAGCAUCAUUUGCAUGGGCAUAGAAUCAUAGAAUUGUAGAGUUGGAAGGGAUCCGGAGGGUCACCUAGUCCAACCUCCUGCAACGCUGGAAUCUCAACUAAAACAUCAAUGACAGAUGGCCAUCCAACCUCUGCUUAAAAAUCUCCAAGGAAGGAGAGUCCCAUCACAUUCCAAGGGCAUCUGUUCCACUGUCAAACAGCUCUUACUAUCAGAAAGUUCUUUCUGAUGUUUAGUCAGAAUCUCCUUUCUUGUAACUUUAAGCUAUUGGUUUGGGUCUUACCGCCUGAAGCAGGAGAAAACAAGCUUGCUCCAUCUUCCACAUGACAGCCCCUUAGAUAUUUGAAGAUGGCUAUCAUAUCUACCACACUCUACCAGCUUCUCCACAAUCAUGGGGGACUGUGUCAAAAGCCUUACUGAAAUCAAGUUACAGUACACCCACAGCAUUCCCCUGAUCCACCAAGCUUGUAACUCUAUCAAAAAAGAAAAAGAAAAGAAAGAAAGAAAUGAGAUUCGUCUGGCAUGACUUGUUUUUUUGAAGCCCAAGCUGGGUCUAAAAAUGACAACAUCCUGUUGAUUUUAGUGAGCGCUGAAGUCAUAGAUAUAUCUGAGUGUGUUCCAAGAACAUAUUUAUGAAUGGAUUUGUACUAUUAUUGGAAGAAGCAUAAAUCUGCAGGGAUUAUUUGUUAAAUGACAGGUUCAGGAGUGAAUCUUGCAAAAUAUGGGCUCAGCCACAAUAAAAUUAUUUCUAGGGUUAUCCAAUACAGUAAGGGCUGGAUUUAAACCAGGCUUCUGCUUUGCUCUUUAUUGAAGUGUAUUCCAUCACUUUGUUCCUGAAGUUCUUUGGAAGACGUUUUAAAGGAAAUGUUGCUUUUCCAGACUUUUUGUGAAUACUGUAGUUUGUCUUGGUUAUUAAAAAUAGUUGGUUUACUCAGCAGAAUGCAGAAUGCAUUGUAAGGAACUGUUAAGUGUUUACUUGUGUUUCCACAGGCACCUUGGUGAUGGAUUGUUAGCUAGGCAGCCACUUAACAUUAUUCCCUGCUGAAUAGAAACUUCUUAUAUCUUCUGUUUAGGCCAGGUUUGGGGCACUUUUAGAUCCUGCCCCUUUGUACAGUAGCAACAAACACCUCUGAAUAUCGUAUGCCAAAGCCAGACAAAACAGGACUAUUAUCUUUGUGUUUUGUUUGUGAGUGCCCAGACUCAGAGACAUCUGGCUAACUUCUUUCUGUUGGAAGCAAAAGAGGAGGCUAAGCCUUAAAAUGACCCUGAAAAAUGAUUAUUUAUCAAAUAAUAAUGUUUCUUCCCCCUGAGGAAGGUUACCAUUUACCAAAAUGUGUCAGAGCAUUUUAUUGUUUCCCAAGGGGUAUUAUUAUUUGAUAGAGAUUUGUUUUCCAGGACCAUUUUGAAGCUUUGCCUCUUCUUUUGUUGCCUCAUGUCACUGCUCCUUUAGUAUCUGUUAGAAACAGAAUGGUCUUGGGUCAGAUCCCACAAACCAAUUCUUACAUUUUUAUAAUAAACCAAAAUUACUAGCAGUCUGUUAGACCAAAAGCUGAUUUUGGCCAGUUUCAUUGAGCAUGAGAGCACUUAUUCUUUUACAGUUCAUUUUACAGCAGCCACUGACCUUGGUGGCAGCUUAGCGGCUGUUGGCCAGGUUGGCUGAGGCUGAGGGGAGAUGGAGUCCAGCAAUGUAUGGAAGAAAGACAUAUCUCUCCCCAAUGAGCAAUAAUGCUGUAUGACAACUCCAUAGGUUUCUAAUGAGAAGAGCACUAGCUUCGUUUUCAUAAGAUACAACUCGACACCACUUCAGCAACAAAGUGGUGUUAGAUCUCAUUUUAAGAUAGCUACUUUCCUCAGCGAGUGUAUUGCUUUUGUGAGUAGUGGGCACGCUGGUGUGAUAGCAUGAUCAACUUGUGUCUCUGGAUGUGCCGGUCUUUGUGCUGAUUGUUGCUAAUCCAAAUGUAACAGCCAGGAUCAGCACUAUUUAAAAAUUCUGCCCCAUGACCUUGCAAGCAUGAUCUACACAUUAAAUCAUUUUGUUACUGGAUGCUGCAGCUUGGUGUAUGAUGGUCAUGCGUAAAUGAAACAGCUUGUGCACACCCACUAUCAGGAUGGGGGUGAUAUGAUGGGGGUGAGAUUCUCAUCCUCCUCACCUGCUGUUACCAGUCACUACUACCCAUCUGUUACUACUUUCAAAAACUGAAGGCAUAAGCUGCCCUUUACUUCCUGAUAUCAUCAGUUCCUAGCCAUUGGGGUAAGGUCAAGCGCCUGCUUAAGUCCCAUUAUUUAAUGUGGCCCAGAGCUUUGUCAGGCUGGGCUGCCUGUGUGCAGUACUAGCCUUCUUAUGGAAAAGCAUUGUGAUGGAUGUGAUAACUUUCAGAAAUCAUGAAGCAUUAUGCUGUUACAAACUUGAACCAAAAAUUGGUAACUGAAUCUGAGGAAAAUUCCCAUGUUCCAGAAGAAGGUGCUUUGGCGUUGUGCCAUCAAAACCAACAUGCUGUAUAUUUUGAGUGUUGUCUGUGCUGGCACUACAGCAAGACCAAGCUGAAAAUAAAGCAUGUUGGUUUUGAUGGCACAAUACACAAGCAUCUCCUUAUGGAGGAUGGACACAUGGCUCCUGCUCUUCUGCAAUGCUCUUCUUUUCCUUUGUUUGUUAUUCUGUCAGUAUGUCUCCAAAAAUAUAAGUCCACAGCUCUUUUUGAUUUAACCCAGGCUUAGGCAAACUCGGCCCUCCAGAUGUUUUGGGACUACAACUCCCAUCAACCCUAGCUAACAGGACCAGUGGUCAGGGAUGAUGGGAGUUGUAAUCCCAAUACAUCUGGAAGGCUGAGUUUGCCUAUACCUGAUUUAACCCUUCUCCACCCUGAGCUGCCCAACAAGCCUAACUUGCAUGUUCUGAAAAAAUAGCAUUGAUCAUACUUCUCUGUAGUAUUUAAGGUAAUGUGUAGUUUGACUGCAGGUUGCCUCAAAGCCAAGUUUGGAGAGGCCCUUUGUCAAUUUUAAUAGUUCAGCUAAAGUCUGAAGGGAAAGUCUUAAGAUUCCCUGCUGGAAACAGAGGUGGUGGUGGUGAAACUGACAAAUAACUACUGUAUGUUGUACUUUGAGGCUACAUCCAUCCACCCAUCAUUUUAUUUGUAUGCCGCCUUUCCAUAGUUCAAACCAUGCUCAAGGUGGCUUACAACAUGAAAAAGAUUACAUAAUUAUAAACAUAACCAAGGUAGUCAAACAAUAAACGAAACAUCAGAAAAUACACAAUCAAAUUGAACAAUUUCCACACAAAUCGUAAGAAGCUUUAAAGUAAAUAUAUGGAAAGUUAAGAUCAGUAACAGCAAUAACAACCCCCAAGGACUCCACCUAAACAAUACCCGUGUCCAAGCAGCCUCAGCUUUUGCAGCUGGAGUCAGUCAGGGCCCUGCUCUCCUAGGCUAGGUGGAAAAGACUGCAAGGCAAGAAGCAGGUCUUCCAGGGCUCACAGCCAGGAUGGCUAGCCAGAUUUAGCUCCGGUGCAAACCCCCCAUUUGCAGUCAUAAAUAAGAUGCCACUACUUUUUCCACUUGUGAUUUAGUUUUUGAUGUCAUGCAGUUGUGCCCUACCCCAUAUACCCGAUAAUAUGGAAGACUUUAAACUAAUAAUAGAGCUGAGUGCUUGUGUUUUGCCAUCUUUGCUUUACUCAGAGCCAUAGAUUCCACAGCACUUCUGUUAUUUCAGACCUAUAAGCACAACAACACUCAGUGGUUCCAUUUCCACAGUUUUUUCCUAAAGAGGGUAAUCCAAUUCAUUUCAUGGCAUUCCAUCUCAGUGCCGCAGAAAUCAGUGGAAUUGUUUGGCAGAUAUACCUAGAAAAACUACUUCCAAGAUGAACUCAUUCUGUGCAUCACAUCUGAGUCAAGAAAAUAACCAAAAAUUCGACAUGGGCAUUUAGACUGAAAUUAAAAUAGAUUUAAAGCCCUUUAAUUAUUAUUUUAUCAUGAUUAACAUUGCUUCAUGGAUUCUGAAUUGUGUGAUUCAGAAUCCAUAGGUUUCAUUCUUGUAAUUGCAAUCUAAAAAUGCCCUUUUGUGUUUUCUGAAAACAUUAUUUAUUUCCUCUUGGUUGCAGCUAGGGAAAGAAAAGUUCCAUAAAUCUCAACACUGGAGUUACUGCAAUAAGGUUUCUAUGUUGGUGGGAGAAGACAAACCUGGAAUAGGAGGCGAACCUUUGCCUGGACAAAAGCUGAAACCAAAGUACAGUGUGUUUCCUAGAGGGGUUGGAUGUGAUGCGCCUUCGUGGGUAGCAUUUGAUAAACAGGUACAGUGAGACAGAUUUGUUGGUUCACAUUAUUUGUAUGUUUCCAGUGGCAUGUGUGUUCCUUCAUCCCAGCAUCCUUAGGUGAAACCUGAAAUAUGCGUAGCACUUAGAAGUGUGUAAAGGGUGAGCAACACACAACUGGGUGAUGUUCUGUACUAUUGACAUCUGACAGUUUCAUGCUCUUGGAUUGGAUGCACAAGGGACAUUUUAGGGAACAGGGGACCUUUAUUUCAAAUUAUUUAUUUGAUAAGAUUUAUAUACUACUUAAUUGCCUAAAACCUCUAAGCAGUUUACUCUCUUGAGCCGGGGAUUCCAAAGAAUCAUAGAAUUGUAGAACUGUAGAGUUGGAAGGUACCCUGAGGGUCAUAUGGUCCAACCUCCUGCAAUGCAGGAAUCAUUUGUCCAACGUUAAGAGUCUUAUGCUCUAUUGACUGAGCUAUCCCACCAAAGAGAUGGGCUGCAGGUAGAGGGGUCUGGAUUGCAAUUUACCUGCCAGAUCUUGUGCUGUAGGCUUCUAGCAUCUUUGAAUCACCAGAAUGCCAUUCCUGAAAUUCAUUUUGUCUCUGAUACUGUGCCUUAUUUUCAGAAUUCAGAGGUUGCUUUUCAUGUCAUAAUUGUCACCUUCAGAGAGAAGCAUCUGUCUACGUAGAAAAACAAUUCCAGAGAGUAUUUGCCAUAUUAUUGGCUGCUGUUUUAUGUCAUUCCCUGGGCACUUGCCUAAUUCCAAAGAGCCCUACACACCUCACCCCGCCUUGCAAUAUUUUACACAAUGAUUUAUUCCAAGGAAAACAGAAAAAUGAAUGAAUUCCAAUUUCCCCAAAAGUUCUUUUUGUCCCAUUUAAUUCACUUCAGCCCCAGAGUUACCCCUCCAGUUUGUAAAGAAAUACAGAGGUUGAAGAGAAUUAAGCAUUUGCUAUUUCAGAUAAACUGAUUAUGUAAACAUAGUGGCAUAAAUUUGCUGUAACACUGACCCUGUGCUUUGUGAAUGUGAAGUGCAGCAGCUGCUGGGCCACCCCAUCCUGUGUACUAAUAUUAAGACACCUCUAGUCUUGGAAACAGAGCGUAAAUGAAUAACUGCGCUGGGGUAGUGGAACAGUCAAGAGCCUCAACUAUGAACCUCACUUUAGUGUGAAUGAAUUUAGUGGAUUUAGGCAAGCCACAAUCUCUCAGCCUCAGCCCAUCAUCUCCAGGAUGAGGGCAAUAAUAGUGAAAGCCAUUCCUAUAGCAUUUUUGUGGGAAUUACUUAACGACAAUUACUGCAUUGAGAGAUCAUAUUCAUGGUUUGAAGGAGGAUUGGGAAUGAGCUCUGUGCUCAUCUGCUCCCUGUGGUUUGUGCAAGCGCUCUAGUCCAGGAUUGCUAACCAGGAUCCAACUGUAGUUUGCAAUCCUGGCCUUGACGGCUCACUUAGACAACCAUGAUUUGCUGUUACAUCCAAGCCAGGAAGGCUUCUGUUAAGCUAUGCAUACAAGGGGAGAAGGGAAUGGGGAAAGGGAGAUCACAUGUGGAAAGUGCAAGACCUUGGGUUGAAUGCAUGAAUACUUAUUUCUUAUCCUCCAAAUAAUAGAGAUGAGAGGCUUUGAACACUGGAAAAAGUGUAAUAUGAGUGAUAAAUGUAUUAUUAUUAUUAUUAAUUUAUUGAAUUUAUAUUGUUAUACUUAUUAAAUAGUGUUAUUAAUAACAUGUUUUUUAAAAAACAAAAAAAUGGUAAGUACUAUAGGCAUUGUUCUGUUAUUCUUAUGCCAUCUAAAGGUACUUUCACUUCUGGGCUUGGUAUUUCAGCAUUGUAAAUUUGUGGUUUAUGAAGUAGUUAUGCAUUAAAAGAAUUGUAUCUCUUUGUCCCUCUUUUGUAGACUUCCUGAAAAUUUAAAAUGGAGCUGAAGGAGAAGCGCGUGCUCAUAUUUCAUUUUAAUAAUACAUAAAAUGGUGUGUUUAGUUUUUCCAUUGUGUAACGCUUGCUACAAGGCUAUAAUGCUUGCAGCGUGAUCUACAAGCCAGUUCAGCCAACGUGCUUUGGAUUUAAAUCAGAUCCUAUCCUGUGAAAACCAGUGAGGCACAAUCAGCAUAAAUCCAAAUACAAUUACUUAACUGGGCUUGGGAUUAGGACGUUAAAUAGUUAAGUUGCAUAUGGGACAAUUCAUGCUUGAAAAUGUUCCUCGUAAAAUUUGUUCAUCAAAUUAUACUGUCCAAGCAAGCCAAACAUAAUGCAUUUUCCAGAGUGCCCCACAGGACUUGGCUAAUUUCCAUUCUCUCUCCCCGCCACCCAUCAUCUCUUCUUGAUAUACAACUUCUGUUAAUUUUAUUUAAAGAGAGAGAAUAAACAUUAACACAGAGACACUCCAAACACCAGGCAGCUGGUGAUAUUUUGUCACAAAAGUUACAUGCGUACAUGAAAUAGGAAUAUUGCAGAAGUUCAGAGAUCGGAAUCGGAAGGUAUAAUCUGCAACAUUCAGUUCUUUGCUAAUUUGAAAAUUCUUCUUGCCAAGGCUUAUGGUUGUUCCCUUUUGAUAUUUGUAAUGUUAGCCAUAUAAUCAGUGUUUAAUUAUCUAUGCACAGCCUAUCUAAUUAGGAGAUUAAAUCUGCUCAUUAAGUGCAAAUUCAGACGAGACUUUACUCUGCAUUAAUAGCUUCUCUCACCCCCCCACAGCUGCUGUCACUCUAUCUUGCUAGCAAGGCAUACUUUGGCAUUUUUUGCAGUAAGCCAUGCUACAGGAUUUCAUCUUCCCUGCAACAUGGAUAUGUUUACUCAGAAGUAAAUACCUCUGUGUUUAAAGGGAUUUACUCCCCAAUAGGUGUCCAUGCUUGGGGUCCCCUGUCUUAGGACUAUAUUAAUAGAUUUUCCAAUGCACAUUUUCAAAGCUGGAAAAUAAUCAGAGCUACACAUCUCUGCAGCAUCAGAGGAAUCAGGCCUCACUGUGAAAUUAACAUCCCAUAAACCUCCUGGGGAAUUGCCAGCACUAUAUUUAUGUAUCUCUGGCUUUUAGAAAGUUACUUUCCUACAUUUAUUUUUCAAAGCACAAAUAGGAAGAUGUAAUGUUGAUCACUAUCCUUAGAGAGAAUCGUCUACUCUUCUGUACCCUGAUGCUCUCCUUUCUGGUCUGGAUUCAGGAGUAUAUAGUAGAUGCCAGUGGGGACUUUGAGGAGGGCUGCUUCUUGUGUGAUAUGUGUGGUCCUUCUUGACAAAUAAAAAAAGAAAAUUGCUGGAGGGUCUCUGCUUACAGCCCCCCUCACAACUCAUAACAGUAUUAUUGCUUGAAAUAUUGGGAAAGGACUAAGAAUUCAGUAAACUUAAUCAGAAAACAAAUAUCACUCUAGAUUGCUGCUUUUCUUCUUGCUCACACCACUCCAUUCUGGCUUUGUCCUUCUAACUGCCUUCUAACUAGCUGCAAUUUGUGGGAGGGACCUCAUCCAUUUGCUGUCUCACACAGAGCCCCUUUCCAUUGUUCCCCCUAAUGGCCCAUCACCCAGGUGAUCACCUCAUCAGGAAGCUAGCCUGGAUUACUUUGUAACACUUGUUGGCUCCAGAAAAGAUCUGAUUUAGGAAGACCAUUAAUCAUUUAACUGUAAUAAUAAAUGCAUUUUUCUUAUAGCCUUCCCUUCCUCUCAAGAGAGCCCAGGGUGGCUUACAAUAAUAAUAACAUGGCACACUAAAACAGUAUUAAAAUCACAAUUAAAACCACAGAUCAGCAAUAUGUACAAUAGCAGAUUGUAUAGGAAACAUUUCUUAAAUUACAAAGGCUUGCAAGAACAACUAAGAGUUUAGCUGAUGCCUGAACAGAACUAAUGUGUGUUUGUGUGUGUGUACGGAGUGCAUGUGUCAAAAUAACAUUAUUUUGUAAUUUCUAUUUUGUAGCAUUUCUGCACAACUUUCACAUACUUGCCAAUCUUUUUCACAAUAUGUGUUAGCUUGCAGACUGUUGUAAUCCCACACAUGUCUACUCAGAAGUAAGCUCCAUUGAGUUCACUGGGACUUAUGCCAGGUAAUGUAAGAAUGUGGCAUUGAGUCUAGGGAUAGGAGAAUCUGUGGCUCACCAGAUACUGUUGGAUUCCCAGCUGCCUCAGCCAGCCUCUGAACAGUUGCGGGUUCCCCAUCCCUCGUUUCAACUAUUUUCUCAAGUGAUAUUCUCAUGUCGUUUGUGCCAUGUGUGAAUGUUGUCAACGAGAGAUGCUGGGAAACAGUACUCGAUUGUACACUGUUACAGGGAUGUUGCAGAAGUUGUCCAGAUUUGCAUCCGUACACAAAUGUGGGGCUUCUGCCCUGCAACUACCCACCUCCCCAAUCUCAUAUGCUCAAUCAUGGGGAAUUAAUGAGUGGUUUUUGGCUCCACGAAACAUACACAUACACACAACAUAAUUAGUGUAUUUUAUGUUGAUAUUGUUGCUUCCAAACAACGUCACUGACUAUGGCAACACAUCACCCAUACUCAGCCAACUCUUUAAUUAUGCAAAGUUAACAAAAGAAACUGGUUUGUAACCCUCCUCUUUUUGGGUGAUAAAUAUAAGGCCUGAUUAAAUGUGAUUUCUUACGUAAUGAAAGCGUGAUGAAGAUGAGUGAAUGUAAGUAUGAUGAUCAGUACAAGAACACAGCAGAAUUCAUUGCAGGGGGAAGGGAUAAGGACCAGCAAAGCCCUGCUUUCACAUACAGCAUGGGAAAAUAGAAGGGAAAAAAUGAGUCUACACAUUGGAUGAUGAGGUAGGGAUUAGCACAUCACUACACUCUAAUCAAUGCAAGUUUUACAAGUGUAUUGGACUUCUCUAAGUAGAAAACAAUUCAAAUCACAUGUGUGACAGGAUGACUCACACUGCAGUCCUACACGCAGAAUUUAAUUGGACUCACUUCUGAGUAGACAUAUAUAGGAUUGCACUAUCAGAGAAAGCUCAGAUGUUGAAAUCCAAAUCUCUGUGCUUACAUUUGCUCAAUGCACUGCUUUGUUUAAUUUACAGCUUGACAUUACUUGUUUACAACCAGUGCUUGUUGAUUUUAAUUUGUGUUUUUUGUAUAGGUAUUGUCUUUUGAUGCUUAUUUUGAUGAAGAAGUUCCUGACAAAAAUCAAGAGCUGUACAGAAUAAGACAUUGUAAAAUAUAUUUUUAUCUGGAAGAUGACACAAUUCAGGUGGUUGAGCCCCAAGUGAAGAACAGUGGAAUUCCACAAGGUAUUUUUUAGUUACAAAUGCUCUCCUUGAAGCUUUCCUCUUCAUAAACUGUAAUCUUUGCCUGUCUGAUACAGUUUGUUCUUUACAUAGUAUUAUUAUUGCUUACAAGCGGGAAACAGUUAAAUGUUAAGAAGUUCAAGUUUAGGUUCAGCUACAACACAAGUUCCAAUGACUCAGGUUGAGGCCAGCUGUGAAUCAGUAACCAGUUUGGUGUCUCCUAAACUUAUUUGAAUGAGAUAGCAUGGGCCACACAUUUCAUUUGCUUUUUUGGGAAUCUUACCCAAUCAGAACUGAGGCUCUUGAUUGAAACUUUGCCAAAACCAGUGAGAGAGAUUUAUUUUUGUGUGUCUUUCCCAGUGGAGAUAUAAGGCUGCAAUGUAGCGCUAUGGUUCUGUCAGUGUAAGGGUUUUCUGUGAGUGAUGGAACCUUCUCUUCCCUCCGUGUACCCUCUACAUUUGUUCCUGGGGUUUUCCCAAUCCACGACAAAAGAUUUUGGGGAUGAUGCAGUGGGAGGAGGGGUGAAUUUUUGUCACACUAAUGGGAAUCCUUGUACUGGCUUCCAUUAGUGUAGGGAUUGAGAUGAAUACGGCCCCUUGUGCUAUGGUUUGGCAUCAACUCUAGGUGAGAGAGAUGUCACCUUCAGCCUCUCUCUGUUCUCGUAGGAAACAUUUAGGCAAAAAAUAAAACAUUACCAUAUGAAGUAAACUAGUUCAAACUGCAAAGUCAAUGUGGGACAGAAAUGUGUGUAACCUUGAUCAGGACUAAACCACCGGGCAGGAUGAAAGCUUCAAAUACUAGUUCAAAACAACUGAGGAAGCAAGAUUCGGGACUGAAGGGGAGAAUGAUCACCUUGAAAGAUAAAUUCAAAUCUCUAUUACCUUCCCAAAGACAGAAUGCAUAACAUAGUGGUAACAAGAAAGCGUCUGUGCUCAGGGAUUUGACUGAAUGGAGAAAUUUUUGCAUACGUAUACUGUUUAUUCUUGUUAACUGAACACUGGCUGGCUAAUGUUUUCUGAUAUGGAAGGGUUAUAUCUAUCCCUUAGGGUUAACGUGAGUUUCUGGUGUAGUCCAGAUCCCACAAUCCAGAGCACAGCUCAGAAGCGGCUGGCCAAGUUCUCCAAGGUCAGCCAGUGGAACAGGAGAAAGACGCUGCCUGCUGGCGGGCUUCCCCAAGGCCAGCUGGACAGGGAAGGAAAGUGCAGUCAGGCACAUAAGGCCUCGGUCACAUCCUCCAGCUUCAAUGAAUCACUGAUUGUCUCAAGGCAUCGGAUGUUCCCAAAUACUUUAGAAACUUGGCACUGUGUAUACUCAUGGUCUGGUUAUCCUAGCUGGAAGAGGGUGAUAGGGCAUAAAGGCUGUUGGGUGAACAGGAAACAUGUUCCAAAGAAAUUGUUGUUCCACUCUUUAGGAACUACUACUUCUCAGUGAAUUUAGGUAGGGAAUAUAGCCGCCACUGACCUUGAGCUAGAUGUUCUCUGCAAAAUGUUCUGCAGUUUAUUGUCAGGAUGUAUCUAAAGCCACAGAUUGAAAACUGUGUUUGUGGUGUAGUGGGUUAAGAGUUUAGGGCUGUAACUUUUUGCCUAAUUUGGCACUGAGAGCACUGAAAAUUGCUGGAGGAGAUACAGAUGUAAUGAAAUAAUUACUGGAAGAAUUGUGAAAAGAUGCAGGCUUGAUGUGUAUAACAAGCAUUAAAAGUAAGGUUGUCUCUAAUGCUCAGAUUUUGCUUAUGGAUGAAAUUGUUUAUGGGGCCCAGAGUUUUGUUCAUCUGCUGCAUAUUAUACACCAGCAUUUUCCCUGUUUGACCUGCUGUCAGUACUGUAUAGUAAUCAGUCACGUCUCUAGUGACAUCAUGUUUCUGGGUCAAAACAUUGCCCCUCUCCCUCUUUGCCUAUUAGCACCAGUAUAUUUCCUUGCAGAUUCAAGUGUAUGCAAUUUAAUAGAGAAGAAAUGCAUGAGUAUUUUUAAAAAAAAUAUGUUUUAAGGAUUUAGCCUUGUAAGAUCCACCAUUAAUAAUUGGUUCCAUUAAGGCUGUGAUUUUAUAUUUUUAUAUUUCAUAUUUUGUACAUUGUUUGUUGGACAGCCUACCAUAAUAAGUACUUUGCUUUGAUUUACUAACUGGUUCAUCCAUCCGUGUAUAUAUAGUGGCAGCUGUAGGUUGCUCUAGAACUGCAGUCCUUUAUUCAUUCAGUUGUUGUGGAGAAUCCAGGCAGUGCCAUUGCUGUUAAUUUCUGAAUUCUUUUCUCAUUCUUUUCUGAUUUUUGUUGAUUUCUCUGAUGAUGAGCAUGAUUGCUACUUUAGCCCAUCCUGUGCAAGAGCACUGUUGAGGUACCUUGUGGGAGGAGUGCCUUGUUGACUGCACGAUUGGUAAUGCUCCAGCAUUUCUAUUUGCAAUACUGCUACCUGUUCUGUAACGGUCUUCCCAUUACCUUUUAAUAAAGAGUUUUGCCACUUAAUGUAUUCCUGUGAUCCUGUGCAGCCACGGUCUCUUUGGGCACUGCUGAAUACAGUAGGACUUACUUACGCAUACACAUGCAUAGGAAUGGGCUGUAAAAGCGGCUUGAAGGAGCAUGAGUCAGACAUAACAGGCAAGGAGAGAUCCAUCCAGUGCCAAGGGAGACAUCCCCACAUGUGUACUAUUGCUUAUUUGAGAACGGAGGUACAGUGGGAUGGUAAGAAGGCAGUAUUGCUUACUAGACAGUUAUUUUAUAAUCCGUGGGACUUAGUUCCAAGUAAACAUAGGGAAAGCUAGCCAGAACACCAGUGAUUUUAAUUGGUGUUUAGCUAAAUUUGGAGGAAGAACAUCUGCUUCAGAAAUUUAUAGGUUACACAAAGCACCACACUGCACUGUGUACCUUCUUAAAAAAAUGUUCAUCCAAAGGGAAAGUAUUGAUUUGCAGUCUUGCUGCAAGGACAUCACAAAACAAUUGGGUCUGAGUUGUGCUGAGUCCCCUUCUCUUCCCUGGAGCCAGAAGAGCCAGAAUGAUCCCCUUCGCUUAUCCUGGCUCCUUUGUUGCAAAGCAGUUCUUGGAAAAAUGUGACGCAGAGUGUAGAAGUGUAGAACAGCAUUCUGCUACUAAAUGUUAAAAAUAGUUUAAAAGAAUACUCAGAAUGUGCUUCCUUCAUCCAUUCCUUUUUAGCAGAAGGCGUUUUCUCCUUUGUUUGCUAUGUGGCUGGCCACUUCAGGUUUUAAUACCACUCGAAUUCCCCUUCCAGAUGAUUGCAGACUCAUAACACCCUAACAGUGUUAAAUGGAGUAGUAGGGAUGGAACCAUAGUGUACCCAGUCAUAAGACAAGGAUUAUGAUAUCAUGAAAUUGAUAGUUGAAAGACCUCACAGUCCGCAAUCAGAUGUAUGCAUUUCUCUGAGAAACUGCAGACAGAUUUUAAUCAUGUUGAUUGAGACACAGUAGAAAGAUAGCAUUUUGUACUAGAUUAAGUUUUCUUGUUUUUAUAUUUUACGAUCUCAUGAUACUUGGUCUGUCAGUUGUAAAGAUCUUGGGAUACCUUUGAAUUUCAGAUGUGAAUUCAGGUGUGAAUUCUACUGAUAUGGUGAUAUUCAGAACAUAAUUCAUUGGCCUUGGGCAAUAGUUUCUGAUUUACACAAGGUAAAAUGUAAAAUGUUAAUUGUUCCCCCCCCCCCCCGGUUCAGAGGGGGGAGUAAAGUUUGCAAUAAAUCUCACAGUCUCAGAUGCAGAGCUCAGAUACAGUCUGCAAGCUGUGAGUGGGAGAGGAGAGGGUUUUUUUUGCUGAAGUUUCUCCUGUUUUAAUUGUGUAUAUAAUGUGUACUGUUUAAAUAUGUUUUACUUAUGGAGUUCUCUCAAAAUAGAGGACAAAACUUUUCAGGAGUUCACAACUGAAAAGUGGUGUCUGAUAUCGCUGAGGCGAGUUUGGCAGGGCUAUCUAUCUGUUUUUCUGCUUUGAAAUGCAGAGUUGCCUUGAACAACUAGCUCAGGCUGAGUUUUAUUUUGGUGUGCGAUAGGCAGAAGCAGGAGAGGGGGGUUGAUUUCCCCUCAGGCUCACAAGCUGGAAGUUUGCUUGUUUUAGUCUGUGUCUGCAUCUAGGGAGGAGAUGUGUAAGGCCUUCGACAGGGCAUCAAUCUCACUCUAAUGGGACUGAUGAUGACUGUCUGGAAUUGGGCCAGAUUCAGCUACCAGACAUUUCUGGACUGGCUAGUUCCAGGUAACAGCUCAAAUGGUUUCAGUUUCAGACCAUGGUAAAGAGCUGGUGUCAUUAUCCACACUCUGCUCAGCAAGGAGCAGGUGCCACUCCCACUCCCAGAGGGGAGAAGUAUUGCCCUGAGGGGUGUUGCAGUUUGAUUAGCUGGUGAUAUUGUCGGUGGUUGACAGUGUUUAUUUAAAGCCUGUGCCAAGUAGAUCUUGGGGUACCCAACAGGCGGGGUAAGCUUGUACAAGCUUUGUUUUCUGGGCUUAAGCUGGAUGCUUAGUGUUUCCCAUUUCCCGAGGUGAAUUUCAGAAGGAGCUGACUUGUGUUUUGCAUAACUAGUUGGUCAAUAGUUUUGCCUACAUGGUGGUGUUUAUAGUCUAGUGGCAGUGAGUUCCACGGAUGCUGUGUAGAUGGUUUGCUCCAACAGCAGUCUAGUAAUGCUGGUUAGCCUGAAGUCAGUUUCCUGCAGAGUUGAAAGCAGGAGUGUUUCGUAUCCCUCUGGAGCAGUAUGGGAUGCAAGUGUGCAAGCUGUGCAGUCAAGUUUGAGUACAGUGCCCAUAGCUAUUAAAUCUCCAGGAACAUAGGGAGUGAUGUCUGUUAUUUACAGAGGGGGUUCUUGCUCUGUGCCAGAGUGGACUCGGUAUUCUGGGAGGAGAAUACCCAAAAGGGGAGCAAUUUUCUCUGUGAUCAUUCUUCUUAGGCUAGUGAAGAAGCCAAGAGGUGUUCAUCUCUUUUCCCAAAAGGCAGAGUCCAUUUUCUCCCAAAUGUGAAGGGAGGAGGGAAGUCAGAGAGAAAGAGAUGAAAAGAUGGUGUUCUGUGUAUCACAAUGUUUCCCUUACUAGGAAGUGGUGGUAUGGCAGAGAAGCUAGCAAUUCUAAAGUAACAAGAAAAGUAGCUGUGAAACGGUUGCGCAAGGGUUUUCAUUGUUUUUUGACCAUGGGCUGUGAACAGGUGUUUUUGGCGGUGUCUCUGAGGUUCUUUGGAGCCAGGUAGUUAUUCCACAUUGCAAGUGUCAGGAAGUUUGACCUGCAACUGUGUGUACAGCCAGUGGUGUCAAGACUGAGGCGGAUAGCUCAGAGCCACUGGAUUCUGACCUGUAUCAUUCUGGUAUUGGAAGUUUGCUGUAUAUUUCUCAAUAGAGUAGACCAGAUUAAUUUACUUUGUUAGGGUCUUGAGUAGUGUUUGUAAGUACUCGUAUUGUGGUAGCCUGGAGGGGGAUGGAACAUGUUUUUGUUAUUUGUAGUUACUGUCUUAAGUGGUUAUCCUCAAGACCCGAGGAGCUGAAGUGCUUUGUAUAUAGUGACUGGUCCUACUUGCAGGACUGGGAGUCAGUGUCUAGUACAGUGGUACCUCGGGUUACAUACGCUUCAGGUUACAUACGCUUCAGGUUACAGACUCUGCUAACCCAGAAAUAGUGCUUCAUAAGAACUUUGCUUCAGGAUGAGAACAGAAAUCUUGCUGUGACAGUGCGGCAGCAGCAGGAGGCCCCAUUAGCUAAAGUGGUGCUUCAGGUUAAGAACAGUUUCAGGUUAAGUACGGACCUCCGGAACGAAUUAAGUACUUAACCCGAGGUACCACUGUAUGGUGUUUCAGUUUGGCGAUUCCUUAGUGUGGUGGACGUCCAGGAAGCAAACUGAUUGCUGCUGGUGUGUAACCAAAUCUUAGUUUUUCAGAGACAUGCUGAAUUGGUUAAAAUGUUGGGGUUUUGCAGUGCAUGAUGUGUAAGUACUCCUUACAUGGUCAUGGUCCCAAUUGUUUCCGUAAAAAUGAGGGGGGGGGUUGAUAUUCUCUCUCUCUCUGUGAGAAUCAUUUGUUCCAGAAACAGAAGAAGUUUCAAGAAGCAGCAGAAGGCUGAGAUUGUUUUGUCUGUGCAAGGACAGUUUCUGUGGGAACUGUUCUUUGGACAGGUGCAGUGUGACAGGAAAUGCUGAUAACAGUGAUUCUGUGUAACUUGUUGUGAGUCUCUUGCUUGUGCCUUGCGGUGAGAGAAGCAGAGAGAGAGUCUUGGGCUCUUGUUGGACUGUAAGCAUGCCUUGACCAUGGCAGUGGUGAAUGCCUGUACAGUGGUGCCUCGCAAGACGAAAUUAAUCCGUUCCGCGAGAGUCUUCGUCUAGCGGUUUUUUCGUCUUGCAAAGCAACCCUAUUAGCGGCUUAACGGGUUAGCGCUAUUAGCGGUUUAGCGGCUAUUAAAGGCUUAAAGGCUUAGCGGAUUAGCUGCUAAAAGGCUAUUAAAGGCUAUUAAAGGCUUAGCAGGUUAGAUAAAGGGGGCGAAAAGCGAAAAAAAAAUCUCAAGACGUGCAAGACAUUUUCGUCUUGCGAAGCAAGCCCAUAGGGAAAUUCGUCCUGCGAAGCAACUCAAAAACGGAAAACCCUUUUGUCUAGCGGGUUUUCCGUCUUGCGAGGCAUUCGUCUUGCGGGGCACCACUGUAUAUAUUUGCUACCAAUACGCUUUUAUGCCUGUCAAGUAAACCUUCUACAUUUGACUGAAUCUUUCUGGUGUUCAUGAGUGUUGAUUGCCUACUUCAACCCUGAAGACACUUUCAAGGAAGGAGCUGCAUUGAGAUGUAACAUAUGGAUACAAGCACACAUAGGCAGCAAAAGUGAUCGGAUCCAGUCCUUCUACAUCAUCCAUCAGAGCUUGAUGAAUUGAUCCAACAAUCGCAAAGUCUAGCAUCCCAAAAUCCUUUUUCCAAGCACAUGUAAAAGAAACAAAGAAGUGUGGAAUUCACCAAUAAAUGCUAUCAAAUAUCUUGUAUAGUGUCUGCCCCAUGACUAACUGUUCUAAGGCUCAGUCAUUUAGUGUCUCUAGAAUAUUGACCACUCUGUCCUGACUGGAACACACAUGUACCCAGUCUAUGUGAGGGUAAUUGAAGUCACCUAUUACUGCAGCGUUUCCUCCUUUGGAUGCCUCCCUGAUUUCAUUCUCCAUCUCAAUAUCACUCUGAGCAUUUUGGUCAAGGGGUGAUAGCACACCACCAGUACUAAAUCAGUCUUGGGGGGCUGCAUCACCAACCACAGUGAUUUUAUGGAGGAGUCUUACCCUUUGGGGAUUUUUAGCUUGUUCGACUCUAUAUUGUCUUUUGAUGUACAGAACAACACUUAUUGCCUGUAUGCCUUCUUCCUGUAGAGUUUGUAUCCACAGACAAGAUGUCCCACCAUUCUCUUCAUUCCACCGCUCUAUGAAAACUGUAUUCCAAGGCCAAGCAUUCCAGUUCAUCCAUCUUGGCUUGGAGGCUUCUAGCAUUAGCAUAUAUACAUUUACAUAUAGUAUAUCUCUUCAAAUGUCUUCGGAGCUUGCAUUUUAGGCUAUUGAGCUUUGGCUUCUGUGCAUUGCUAACACAUGCCCCGUAAUCUGAAUGCCUAGUUCUAUCCCUCCGCCAUUUAAACUAUCAUAAAGUUUUCCAUCUUCAUCCUUCAUUCUAAACCACACCCUCCUCUGCUCCUGUUGGCUUUCCCCCUGCAAGCAGUUUAAAACUUGCUCUGCCACCUUUGUGAUUAUUCAUUGUGUUCUGCAUAUUUUCUCAUUAUUCCGAAACCUUUGUCUCCUUGGCAAAAACCAUGAAAGCUUUGUUUUGAUAUUAUUAUCAAUUUUAAGUGUUGGAGGUUUAUAGAAAAACUUAAUGGAUAGUUCUCCCUGACAAGCGAGAAGGCCUUUUCAGUUAAGCUCCUCAACUGUAGAAUGCUCUUCCCAGCGAAGUCCACCCAUCCAGCCAUCCUUGGCUGACAUAUUUUUGGUGCCAGAUUAAAAAAAACCACAUUUUCCCCUGUGGUUUUUGAUGGACUGUGAUAAUGUUGCAGUCAGUAUGCUUUGAAAGCUUCCAGUGGCUUUUACAGAGUGGGAUUGCCUUGUAUAAUUUUUCUGAAUUGGCAUGUGUUUUUGUAUGAAUGUGUCAAUAGUACUGUGAUAUAUUUAUGUUUGUGGUUUUUAAAUAUGCUGUUUGUUGCUGGAGACCAAAUAAAUAAAUAAAUAAAUAAAUAAAUAAAUAAAUGCUCCUAAAUACUCUUAAAAAAUUAUAACUUUCAUAAUCAUUACGAUGACUUAUUCCCCAUGUUGACUCUCUUCUCCACCACUGCCCUGAAUCUCCUCCCCACUCACUGCAAUGCUAAUAUUUCAGACAUAGGGCCACUUUUUCAGGGCUUGCAGUUAUUCAAAUAUCAAGCUGUAAAACCGCUUCUAGUUAGAUGUGGAUGGUUGCAUUUUAUCUAUGUGUGUAUUCAGUUAUUGGAUUUAUAACACACCUUUCUACUCUUAAAAGGCAGUUCACAAUACUAUCUGAAAAAUUCAGUUUAAAUGCAGUUUAAAAUCAAACUAUACCUUUACAAGCUAAACUAGAAACAUAGCACAGCACCACUGUACAUCAGGCAGAUUAAGCACUCUGGCAGAAGGCAAACCAAAUGGUUGCCUAAAUGAAAACUUAUUAACUUGGCAAUAGAAUGAGUCUCUUGAGGCACUGAGUUCCACUGACCAGGAGCAGCUACAGAGAAUGUAAAAGAAACACGCUGCACAAAGAAAAACAGCAUGUUAAUAUUGAACCAAGGCUAAAUCCUCUGAUAUGUUAAUUUUAUAUAUUUUUUCUUUUUUUAAGAUGGAGAAGUAUUCAAAUAUGUGAUACUGUUUGAAUUUUCUGAUGAAGCCUGAAGAGAUUCAGCAGUUGUUUCUGUCAAAUGUAUAAACUGGUCCGGUGAUUUUGGGAGUUAGAAUUAAUUUCUUUUAUUUGGCUGUGACUACUGUUAGCUUUUGGUUCACAGUUCAUUUCUUAGGAAUGCAGACUGAUAGAUUUCAGUAAAAGUACAUAUUUAUAAUAUGUUGGAAUACAAGUAUUAAGAGAAUAUCAUUUUUUCUUAUCUCUUUAAAGUGCUAUAACUUUAUGAUUUUUCUGCUUUUAGAAUUGCUAUUAUUAUUCUUUUGGGGGUCUCAAUUUUUCAUAUCAGCAACAGUAUUUUCCAUAUCAAGUAACUUUAGUGUAAUGUUAGAGGUUGGAAUAUAUGAUAUUAACUGCAUUUCCUCUUCAAUACAGGAACAAUUCUUCGGCGUCAUCGGGUUCCACUUCCGCCUCCUAAUGAAGAUCAGUUCUAUACUGUAGAUAAUUUCAACAUCGAUACAGAGCUAAUCUUUUAUGGUCGAAGAUAUAGGAUUAUAGACUGUGAUCAAUUCACCAAAAACUUUUUGAGGAAAAUGGGAGUCAGAUUGAACUGUCCAGUAAAGUGUCCAGAUGAUCCCUAUACCAAAGAACGUCAGAAGGUUAGCUCUAGCAGUCCUGGUUAAGUACAUGCUUGGUUGCAUUGCCCAAACAGUUGGAAUGUUUGUUUAUAGCAUGCUUAUGAUGAAACCCCUUCUCAUACAGGUGACAGGAUGCUGUUAGCGGCUCCCGGCUGGUUGCCCAGGAAAGUAUAAAGACAAGGAAAAGUUUCUUACCAUCCUUUUUUAUUUCAGUCUUUACAGAGAGAGGCUAUAGAACCCAGUCUCUUGGAUAAUGUUGUUGUCCUGAGUGAAUCUCUACCCCCCGUCUCUCCCACUUCCUCAUUUAUCAUUCUCAUCAUCUCCUCUAUGGGUGCUGCUACAUGCUCUGUCUUUGAGCUCUUUGCUUUCCUACUUUUAAGGCUUGCCAGGUUCUGGGAGAUGGAGAGUCUGGAAUGCUUUCUAAUGACAACAUGUCCGCUGGGUAUUUUUCUGGGUCUCCCAUGAUUUCCCAGCUCUCCCCCUCAUCUGCCUCUGAGCUGCUACAGUGGUACCUCUAGUUACGGACUUAAUUCGUUCUGGAGGUCCGUUCUUAACCUGAAACUAUUCUUAACUAGAGGCGUGCUUUCGCUAAUGGGGGCUCUUGCUGCCGCUGCGCCGCUGGCACACAAUUUCCGUUCUCAUCCUGGGGCAAGGUUCUCAACUCGAGGUACGUCUUCCAGGUUAGCGGAUUUGUAACCUGAAGCGUUUGUAACCUGAGGCGUUCGUAACUCGAGGUACCACUGUACUUCCCUCAAACACCUGUUGUAAAUCUAUACUCUCUUCCUCCUCCUUGGGAGGGCCAGGAUUCCUCCUCUGCCCAGUCCCUGACAACAGGGGAUUUCAAAUUCAGAGUUGUUAACAUUGUGAAUUUAUUUUAUUUUAGAAGAAAAACAAAUCCAGAAUGUGCCGGUUAAGGUAAAAAGCUUAUCUGAACAGGCCACAUAAUGUAAUAAUUCCACAAUCCCAUGCAUAUUUAUUCAGACGUUAGAUCUAUUGUAUUCAAUGGAGCUUACGCCUCCCAGGAAGCAGUAAGUUGUAUGGUGGGGCAGAGCUGCAGAGCUAUCCUCCUGACACCAUCGUCACUGCUACUGGAGGGUACUGGGAUGGGGUAGGAUGGCAGUGGAGUUGUGUGAGCUGCUGAAUUGAGUCUACCAGUGCAUCUAUGCAGCCCUGGCCUCAGCAUCAUCUAGGCAAGCUGCAGUGAUGCUUGUGCUGAGAAGGCUCUGCCCCAUCACACAGGCCACUGCUGAUCCCAGAUAACUGUGCAUAAGAUUUCAGCCUAAAACUGUUGAGCACAUUUCUCGACUUGAAUUCUGUUCUCUUCAUAAUGGAGAGCAGAUGAUGGAUGCAAAAUAGCACGCAAUUUGUGUCUGCAUAGUGUUAUAUUUACCAUUGAUGUAAAAUCCAGUGUUUUCAAUUCAUCCGGUGAUGAAUGAGACUGUUAAAAUCUGGUUUCCUUCUUUCAUUUUGCUUUGUGCAUAGCAUACUACUGUAAUCGGUAGACAUUAGUGGCUAUUGUGAAAUAAGGUGCAUUUAUAUAGUAUACUGCUGUCAUGUGUAAAUAAAUAUUGAACAGCAGAUUAGUGAAAACUGUAAAAGUAGAAAAGAAAAUGCUUAUAAUUAUCUUUUAACACUGCAGUUCUGUGUAGGUACCUGGGAAUAAACUCCAUUGAACACAAUGAGGCUUCCUUCUGAGUUGAACUUCACAAUCUUGUACAGUACAUGUUAUGUGAAAUUGUUUUUCUUUGAAUUUAUUUAUUUAAAAUGUAUAUACCAUAUUCCCUGCUAUGAACUUGUCAUCCAAAAUGGUGUUUAAUGAACAGUAAACCCAAAGCUCCCUGAAAAAGCAAUAUGAUUUGUUACUUUAAUCAAUUUAUUGCUCUGGUCAAAGGGACACACACACAGACCCUAUUCCCCAUCUUUUUGAGACCUUUCAACUGAUGAUCAAAAAGGUUUUUGCAGUUUAUUAUUUAAGCUCCCCAGAGCCUUUGCAGAACUGGUUAUGUAUACAGAUCAGUGCUGUUUGAGCUGAAAAUCUUGAUUAAUUCAGUAAUAAAUGUGACUAGUUGACAUAUAGGUACCCCAUCUCAUGUUCGCAUAAAUACCAUUUGCAGAAAAGAAGGAGAGCAGACACAGGGAUGUGCUCUCUUUCUGGUAGAGAUGAAUUCUAAAAAAAAUAAUCUUGAAUGUUUACUGAUGUCUAAUGCCUGCUUGUCUAUAAUACCAUUAUAUGGCAAGGGUAGCCUUGUCAGAUAAACAGUCAUUUAGAUGAUAGUAACCCAUAUGGUUGAACUGAUGGAGAUUUAAUGUGGGCUCAUAAGAUCUGGAUUCAUUGGCCUUAAGUGCUGGAGAAAUGAUGGGCUGUUGGCAGGAUGGUGGGGCUAAGAGACUGGAGCUCUGGGUAGGCAAUGAGGCUAAAGAGAGGACACUGAAUAAGGAGGGGACACAGGAGGUAGGGAACUGAAAGAUGGUCCAGUGUCAGAGUGGAUAAAGGGAUGAGGACCUAGUAGGCGACCCUUGGCCUUAGAAGCAGAAACCUAAGGGAAAGAUGGAUGGAAGCAAGGGGGGUUGCAACAUAGGCGCCCCAAGGAAAUGAGGUUGCUGAAAGAUUCCCAUCCAGUUCCCAGGGAUAGGAAUUGUUGUGUUCUGUUCACAUGGAAUAGAGUAGGGAUUGAUGAAUAAGAAAUCUAGGGAGGUGCAAGUCAAGUCGCUGAAGGAAGAAUGGGCUGAUAAGCACAAUACGAAAAAAGGAGAGAUGAGGAAAGGUCCCAUGUUAUGGCUGAAAACCACUCAUUUCACAAACGCACUAGUUUAUCCUGCAGGAUACCUGUAAGGAACCAGAGGGCCUGCGAAACUGAGGGAAAGGAUACCUAAGUUUCUUGUACCUGAGGGAAAACUAGGGAAAGACGUUGGAAAAUAAAGCAGUGGAUUGGAGUAUGGGACUAAAGAUGGAGCCUGAAGGGGAAAUAAAAAGGAAUUUAGCUAGCAGAGACCAAAGAAAGAACGAUGAUGAUGAAAAGGGUGAAGAGGGACAUAGGAAAUGGGUGUCAAGGGAAGAGUAGUAAGAGAUAAUGGAGUGGAGAAAAGAGGAGAUUGGAAGAGGAGAAAGUUCAGACUACAGAGCUGAAGUAAUGGGAAGUGAGAUACUGAAGUAAUGGGAAGUGAAGUAAUGGGAAGUGAGAGGAGGAGGGAAAGAGAUUCUUUGGUAACAGCUAGACAACACAUGGUUGGGGAAAUUGAACCAUUUAUGAAGAGGUACAUAUAGAAGCAGAGAGCUAAGGAAAUAAUUGUGGGGAAAUGGGUUGUAGAGACGCGGGCAAUAAGCAGCUGGAAUUUUUCCUACUGUUCUGCAACUCCCUUGUGACCAAAGGUUGAGUAGCUGUGAUGUCAGAGAAUAUUCUCAUAUAUUCUUAUUCCUGAGUAGAGAGAUUAAGUCAUGGAAUGUUGAAAAUCAGGGUAGCAUCCGCCAGGAAAAGCAGAUAGUCAUUGAGUGUUGCGGGAAAAGCAUACCUAGGUUCUAGGGUACAAGAACCAGAAAGGCAUUGUAAAGUUGUUAUAAUAAUAAUAAUAAAUUUUAUUUAUAUCCCGCCCUCCCCAGCUGAAGCCGGGCUCAGGGCGGCUAACAACAAUAAAACAGUACAAAAGUACAGCAUAAACAACAGUCUAAAAUCAUUCAUUAUAAAAUUAAUUAAUUAAUGAAUGUGUCACAGGAAGAUGUGAGCUAGAUUUUACUUACUGAUGCAAAAUUAGCUGUUGAGUGUAGGCCUUCAGGUCUCUAAAAUAAAUAAAUAAAUUGCAAAAAAGCCCCCAGUAUAUGAAACUUUUGCUUUGUCCAUCUAUAUAUCCCUUGUAGUACAAUUCCAAUUCAAUUGUUUUCCUGCUGAUCCCACUGAAUGUUUUGGUAGACAUUUUGUUUUGCUGAAUGAGGGUGUAAUGUAUUCAUAGCAAGUUUGUUUUAAAGCCUGGGAGAGAAACAUAGUGAUAAAUAAAUACUCCAGAGAGAGAUUAAGUAGAAUAAAUCUCCUGAUCUGUCAUAUAUUGGCCAAGCUUAACCUGCCUUCUACAUUUUACUGAUGACCUUCAGUGUCGUUUGUCAGAAACCUAGCUGUAGUCUAAAACAUUAGCAUGAACAUGCAGAAUUAUUAUAGUUCCAAUUUGAAAUAUAUUUUGGGAUGACAACAAUCUGACUUUUGAAUGGCAACCUUCUGAAUGGCAAAUUUUAUUGUGAUCCUAGUUUAAGCAUAUUGAUACUAGUAACGUUUAGAUGCAUUUAAUGCCACUUUCUAUGGUAUUGUUUGUCCUGUCUUAUGCCAGCACUACAGUUCUUUUGCAGGAUGACAUGAGGCAAAAGGAAUCAGAAACUGUAGGAAGAGGGUGGUGAUCCUUUGUCCUUUGCGAACUGCAAAUUUUGAUAAAUAAAUAAAAAUAUUUUGCACUGCAAAAUGAUGACAAUAAGCCACAGAGCAUAGCUUUAUAUUGCCUUACUUGGAUUACAGUGCAAUCUCCUGUAUGUAUGUUUACUUCUGAGUAAGACAUGUAGGUAGUUAUUAGUAGACAUGUAUGGAAUUGCAUUGUUAAUCUUCCUCCCUUAUCCGUUCCUCUGUCUCUAAAAGGAAUUGUGAUGGAACUGUUUUUAGUUGAACUGCAUAUAACAACUGCUGGGGAAGCUAUAUUUCUAUUUAUAUUGCCAUUGUUAUUUAUUUACCAUACUUGGUGUUUUAGCUGGCAUGUAAAAUAACUGACUGGGAAUGUAUAUCUUAAGCCCAGCUAAAUCGGGCAAAUCUAACUGUGAUCUAUUCUCCAGGAGGACUGCUGCGUCAGUCCAUGGCAGAUUUAGAGAAUUGUUCAUCUCUCUGUUAUAAUAAUGCACUGUAGAAUAUAACUCCUUCAACAGUAUAUUUCACUGAUAAGUGAGUGGCGCCUGUAGUAUAUUUUAGCUCUGUGUGUUGGCAUUUAUACUCCACUUUUCUUGAAAACUAAACUUAAAUCUGUUAUCAAUAAAACAGGCAAGUUACAAAGAACAAUCGCCCCCCGAAAGACAACAUAAAAAUUAGACACAGAAGAAAGACAUGAAAAGCAUAGUAGUAGUCAAUAACACUGAUGUGGUGUGGUGUUUAGAGCGUUAGACAAGGAUCUGGGAGGCUCAGAUUCAAAUCUCCAUUUCACCAUGUUGCUCACUGGGUGAACAUGUUCCAGUGAUCAUCUCUCAGCCUAAACUACCUCACAGAGUUGUUAGGAGGAUGAAAUGGGGUGGGGGUUAAAACCAUGCAUGCCAUCUUGAAGGGAAAAGUGGAGAUGUACAUGUAGCAAUGAGCAAUGAAUUAAAUAAACACAAGCAAUCCAUAAACCCCAUAUAAUGGGAAACUUGCUCUGUGUGUUCCCACCAAAUGAAGUGAGGGAAAGGGCCUUCUCAAUGGUGGCACCCUAGAUUCACCUUCUUUAUGGGUUGUUUUCCCCCCUCUACCAAGUGAACACCUACCAUAUUGUUACUUUUUAUGUCUUCAUCUCUUUGUAUCUUGUGAAAUAUCUGUUUAACAACAGCAAUAUCGGUUUGUUAUGGUCAUCUAUAAUACAAGGUAUAAUGAUUUAUUGUCUGUCUGUGAAAUUCAAAGUCCCUGCACUCUGUAUACUCAUUCCCUUUAGCAGCACUUUCAGGUCCCCAGGCCCUGUGAGAAACUUUCCUCAGAGUACUGACAUCAUCUAGGUUAUUACUUGCAUCAUGCUUUUAUUCCAUCUUUCCUUCAAGGAGCAUAGGCUGGUUUACCUGGAAUUUGUUCCACUUUUGCUUCACGACAACUUUGUGCAAUGGACAGAGAGAUAGUGACUUGUCCAAGGCCACCCACUAAGUUUCAUGGCUGAGCAAAAAGAUUUUAGUUCAGCUCCUCCUGGCCAAAGUCCAGAGCUCUUAUUUACUACACUGCUUUGGCUAUUAGCCUGCUAUAUCCACAGCUCUCCUACCACUUACGUCCUUCCCAACUAAACUAAAUUCUCUCUUUCCUCACAGCUGUUGCAUUAGUUUUUAAUGUUUUAUGAUGAUUACUUUUCGAGUUUGCAACAUCAAGGCAGAUUAACCAGUGGCUGGGACCCGUGUGCUGAUAGGGAGGCAAAAAGAUCUCCUUUCCCAUCCCUUCUUAUCUUGGAUCCCUGCUUCCUCCUCGACUCCUUUCCCAGUCUUCCUCUUGCCCCUUCUGCAUUUUGCUUCUGUGAUGUCACAAUAUCAGCAUUAAGUGUUCUGAAGAAAUUAGAAGGUGGAGGUAGUUCUCUUUGCUUUGUGCUUCCUUCAUUCUUCCUUUCCUCUGCCCCCAAUUCACCCAGGUUUAUUUCAUUGUAAUUUGAAGGUAAAAGUUCAGCCUUCUGAAAGUACACAAGCUUAUUCUGAUGCUACUUGUACAAUGCCUAGGGCAGGGGUAGGCAAUGUGGUAACCUUCAGGUGUUUUGGAUUACAACUCUCAUCCCUGGUGUUGACCAUGCUGGCUGAGGCUGAUGGGAGCUGUAGUCCACAACUUCUGGAGGGCACCAUGGACUUCCCAUAGGCUGUUUUGUCUCAUCACUAGGAUGUUCCAGCUCCGGACAUGAACAAUUUCUUCUUCACAUAUUUUCUUUCCCAGCCCUUCCACCCACCGCUCCUGACUCUCUUUUGUCCUUCUCUCUGCCAUCUCCAUUUCAUGCUCUCCCUGAUCUAACAAGUUAAAUUAAUAAUUUUAAAGAAUACUGACAGGUCCCCUUUGAGAACAGAAAACCCCCCAGUUGAUUAAUAAGGACUGCACAGUUUAGUUUAUUGUUUAGUAUUGUUUUAUAUGGGGAGGACAAACUUCAGGAAGAAAAAAAGCCAUACCUUUUACCCCUUCCACAGGUAAUUACAUAGCUAAAAAUAAAAUGUCGCCUGAUGGUAAGGUAGUCAUAGAAGUAUUGCUAUUUACUGAGGGUUUUCAGUUUUAUAAGUUGGUGUUAAAAGUGGAUUUCAAGCACCUCACUUUACGGAAACUGUUUUAAUGUGAAAGUGUUAUUCAGAUGCUUGUUUACAUUGAGCAUAUAUUCCACCUGCCUAACCCAACUGACAUGUACCCCAGCAUUGUGAAAAUCCUGAAUGACUCGUCACAAGGAGCAACAGAGAGUGGGCGUUCCUGGCUCCAACCCUUGUGGCUCCUGUAAGGAAUACAUUUUUAAAAGCUGCUGAAAUGUUUAGAAAUAAUGCUUAUCAUGAAAACUAGAUGUUUCUGUACAUAAGAAAAGCUUUCAUCUCUUCUCUCCUGACCUGCAGUUGAUAGAUAGUAUGAAACCUUUACGUCCAUAUGAGCGCUUUGAUACACUUCAACAAUUUCUGGAGCAUGACGGACACGUUUUACGUUUUUACGGUGUUUGGGAUGACACUGAAAGCAUGUUUGGGGAUGUCCGAGAAGUGGUGCUACAUUAUUUUUUGGCUGAUGACACCAUUGAAAUAAAAGAAGUGAUACCACUGAAUUCAGGUCGGGAUGCCGUGCCUUUAUUCCUCAAUAGGAAGAAGCUACCCAAGGUAAAUUAUAUAUAUAUGAAAACUAUGGGUGGUAGUCAUUAUUCAUUUGUUUCCUAAGAUGACUGGGGUGUAUUAGGUGCCAACUACCCACCUGUGGUCCAUGUUCUAUUCAUUUCCAUGAAUAGAACAUGAGAAGAGCGGUGCUGAAUCAGGCCAAAGGUCCAAAGGUCCAUUGAGUCCAGCACCCUGCUAUCCAUAGUGACUAAUCAGCUUCCCUGAGUAAAAGUCAAGACCACUUUUGCAGGGAGGCUAAGAGUUUCCCCCCAUGUUGGAAAGUUCUACUUUAGGAAGGGCCAUAGUUCAGUGGUAGAGCAUCUACUUUACAUGCAGAAAGUCCUAGGUUCAAUCCCCAGCAUCUCUGAGUAGACCUGGUAGAGACCCCUGUCUGAAAUCCUGGAGAGCAACUGCUAGUCACUAUUUAUAGUACUGAGCUGGGUGGACCAAUGAUUCGACUCAGUAUAAGGUAGUUUCUAAUCUGUUCCCAGAAGUGAAUUUAGGGGAGUGAGACUGGUUUGGUUGCAUUGGGUGCAGAGCCCUGGGGGCACUGCAGGAGGAGCCUCUACUAUGAUGUAGAAUGGGAUGCAAGCGGUGACACUGAAUUUUGGCUUUGUGAAAAUCUCUUAGUGGCUUAAUUCAUAAUUCAGAAAUAUCCUUUAUGACCUGUUAGUUCUGUUGCCUGCAUAGCAAUAGCCGCAGAUCUCACCCAUCUAUUCCUUUAUCAUGCUUGGCCUUUGAUGUCAGUGGUAACACCACAGUGGAUUCAGAAGCUCACGUAUAUCAUUAUAUUCAGCAUGGCCAGGGCGUGGUCUGAAGGUACUUGAGGCUCCCACCUUGGUUAUUUUAAGCAGGUUUAGGUCUAUUGAGUACCUGGAUGGGUAAGGUAAAGGUAAAGGACCCCUCAACUCUGGGGUUGCGGUGCUCAUUUCGCUUUUCAGGCCAAGGGAGCCGAUGUUUGUCCGCAGACAGUUUUUCCGGGUUAUGUGGCCAGCAUGACUAAGCCGCUUCUGGUGCAACGGAAUACUGUAAUGGAAUCCAGAGCGCACGGAAACGCCAUUUACGUUCCCACUGCAGCAGUACCUAUUUAUCUACUUGCACUUUGAGGGGCUUUUGAACUGCUAGGUUGGCAGGAGCAGGGACUGAGCAACAGGAGCUCAUCCCGUCACGGGUAUUUGAACCACCGACCUUCUGAUCAGCAAGCCCAUGAGGCUCAGUGGUUUAGAAAGGGAAACCACAUUAUGCCACCUUAGGUUGUAAGAGAAAGCAGAAAUGUAAGAAAAUAAAUAAGCUAAUAUAAAUAUUAGAAAAUAUAGAAACGUAUAUGUCAGGGGUUCAGGAGCAGAGGCACAGGAAAGGGAGGAAAUAGAGAGCGAGGGGGAGGAGUCCGAAGGAAAUGUUAGCGAUGACAGCGGUCCGAGGUCUCUGAGUCUUUCCAGCGAAUCGGAAGAUUCACAGAAAGGGGCUCCCUUGGUCAGAGCAAGGGGGUGCCGAGGGGACACCCCAGGAAGAAGGGGCCAGAGGGGACUCAGAGAGCAGCAGUUGGAAAUCAGGACCAGCGUCCACACCAGAGUGCAGUAGGGGAGGGGUCCCAGGCAUCGGGAUCAGGCGGCGCACUGCCAGUGGGAGGACAUGAGUCAGGAUUGGCCACGCCUCCAUCGGGGAGCGAGGAAACGGUCGAGAGGAAGGUUGAAGGCUGGGCGCGCGCGCCGAGUUCAAAUGUACAGGAGGGCGGCGCAGUUGGCAGCCCGGAUAGGGAGCCAGGUCCCAAAGCCCGCCGAAAGGAGGGGGAGGAGUCAUGGGGGUCAACGUCAGCGUCAGAAGAAUCCAGGAAGGAAGGGACCCGGGGGUAGCAGGACCCAGAGGAGAAAGGAGAGACGUAAGAGGUGGAGUAAGGCUAGAAUCUUAAACUGGUGUACAGGGGCGGAGACUCAGAUGGAGCUUCGCCGAUCUAACCCCUAGACGUAGAGCUGGGGCGCUGCGGCUUGAAAAUGGAAACUGUACUUCAAUAAAGACUUUUGUACAUUACUGCCGGCUAGCGUUGGUCCUCUGUGAGCUGGGACCUGGAGCCAGCUCUGACAGUAUAAUAUAAAUAUAUAAAAAUACAAUAUAUAGAAAUAUAAGAAAUAUAUAGAAAUAUAAGGAAAUAAAUAAGAUAAUAGUGAUAUGGAAUAAGAGUGCAGAUCAUAGCUCAGUGGUAUAUGUGCUGCAGGCAGAAGGUUUCAAGUUCACUUUCUUGCAUCUCCAGCUGAAAGUAUCAGUGGCAGGUGAUGCAAAAGACCUCUGCUUGAGUAGGCAGUGCUGUGCCAGGUGGACAGGUAGCCUGACCUGGCUUUAGGUGAUCUCGUAUUUUGUAGAGCCUCAGGUACCAGAUAAUGCAGGAUAUUCUUUUAUGUUGCCCUGAUAGUUACAGAUAUUAACAGCCUAUUCCUCUCCCUCCCUGGCCCCCAGUAUGGUCCAAUUGGACUGUACCAGCCUGGUACAAUCACAGAUCGGACAGUCCUGAAUGUGUUUGGAGGAUUAGUAGGAAAUAAAGGCCGUUACAUUCUGGACAAUCGUAAGGUAAGCUAGUUUCUGUAAUUAUACUUUACAGAAUGCAACUUUAUUUGUUUCUGAUCUCCACGUAUGUGCUAUGUGAGGCAAGCAAGAUUCCUUUUUAAAAAAUAAUAAUAUGCACACCACAAAAUCCAAUGUUUCUGUUUCUGUAUUAUAGCAUUUGUUGGAAUAAAGGUGGUGGUGGUGGUGAAAUAAAACAUUUUGUUACACUCACCUCUUUUAUGUUAUGCCAAGUUUCCACUUCCCCAAAAAGCUUUCAUUUCAAUGUGAGAUUCAUAUAGACUUUUGUAUUUUUCCUUCCCAUUGCUAGACAGGAGCAGUGCACCAAGAAUUUUAUAAAGACUGUGACCUGAGCAUCGGGUCAGUAAUCAAUGUUUGGGGAAGAAAGAUAGUUCUCUGCGAUUGUGAUGAAUUUACCAAAGAAUAUUAUAGGACAAAGUAUGGAGUCAGUAAGUAACAGUACUGCUACUUUUAUGUACUAAUUUUGAACUGUAGAUUUACAUGGAGUGGCUAUUUUUUUGGGGUGUGUGUCUUUUUUUUUUUGGUAAAAAUAUUUUUGAGUAGUUUUGUAUUCCUAGGACAGGUUUAGGUUUGAAAUCUAUGUAAACAAUAUAUUUAGUAAGAAACAAAAAUGUAGAUUAUGCCCAGUGAAGGAAUAAUGGAAUUCCUGCAGUUUUGGCUGCCUUAGUUGCUUCAGCAAAUAAAACAGCUCCACUUGUACAAUGCAGAUAUGGGUCCACUAUUUAAAUGGAUGGAGAAGGCUUUACUAGUCUUACCACUGAUGAUACCAACUGCUAGAUUAGAGCAGAAGGAUGCUAUCCAGAACCAUUAAAAGCAGUGAGUGGUAUUCAACAACAUUUUACUCAGAGUAGACAUAUGGAAAUGAAUGGACCUAACCUGGUCAUGUCCAUUAAUUUCAGCGGGUCUACUUUGUCUAAAACUUAGUUGAAUUCCACUCAGUGGUAUUACAUUUCUUUCAUUGGAAUCUGGACCAGGUCCUUGUACUGAGGCACUGUAUUGAGUAAUAACACACACAGAGAGAAUUUGGAUCAACAAAGCGUUUUAAAAUAUGCUAGGGGGAAAAUAUUAAUUAUGUUGAACUGACUGUGUGUUUUAGGGAUCAUAGCCACCUCAUACAUGAUUUCCUGUGGUGACCAAGUUUUUAACUGCUCACAUGAGGGCUCUGUUUGUGUGAGCCAAAGUAACAGGAGGAAAGAAGAGAGCUUGAAAGAUGGACUUUCUUGGUCUCACAAGUGCCAGCCAGAGUUCAUUGCUCUGCAAAUCAGUUUUACAUAUAUGACCUCUUUUUCAUUUACCACCCCGCCUGGCAAUUCUCUAACCUGAUUGCUACUCUCAACCAUCUCUUUACGCCAGGCAUUUGUGACUGAUCUGAGCAAGUUUACGUAUUUAUGACUUCUGUUCUGAACGAAGCCUUUUGUGGGCAGACAGAAGUUCUUGUGCACGGGCGGGACAAAUCUGUGCCCUUCACACUUGCUGUCGGCUGCACCAGAUACAUAGGGCCUGCCCCGACCGAUAGCUUUGAAACAACAUAAAACUUAGUUUUAAUGCUAUGUGUACGUUCCUGCCCUGGGGGACCAUUUGGUGAAGGGUGGAUCAUAAAUAUACGCAACAUGAAAUAAAUAACUCAUUGGGGACAGGAGGAAGAGCAGAAUCUGCACUGUACUCACCUCUGGACAGAUUAUGUCAGGGUACAAAAGAUACGAUGUAAAUAGCUGAUUACAUUAUCAGCCCACCACAGGGUUAUGGGAAGGGGCCAUAGCUCAGUUUUAGAGCACCUGGUUUGCAUGCGGAAGGUUCCAGGUUUAACCUCUGUCAUCUCUAGUUAAAAGGUCAGUUAGAAGGCGAUGGGAAAGUCCUCUGCCAGUCAAAGAAGACAAUACUGGGCUAGAUUACAAAUAGCGCAAGGCAGCUUCCUAUGCACCCUCAUGAUUAGAGGCUUCUAGUGAAUUCCAGGUGACGGGAAACCUCUGGAACACAACUGAACUCUAGGCAGAUGUUACUACAUUUCCCCACAAAAUCUGGGGCUGCGUGGAUUCCCCUCGAGGCAUAAUUUCCCAACAACUCUAUUUUUAAUGCACUAUAAAUUGGAGUAAUCUUUUAAAGCCAGUGUUUAUAUAUUUGCAUGUGAUGGAUAUAUUGGAAGUUUUGCUUUGUUUUUUUGGCAAAAUGCCAUGCAUUAUCUCUCUGACAAGAAAUUACUUGAGUUCAAAAACGAAAAUUUCUCCACUCACCAAAAGAUGACAGAUGUGUUCAGCACAGAGAUAUAUGUUAACUAAUCUUUUUAAAGCUGUUCUCUGUCACAUUCUUUUAAAAACAUCACUGCUUAGAGAAAAUAACAAGUUGAUUGUACUAUUGUGAAAUCCUAAUUAUCACAGAUUGCACUAAAUCUACUGGCAUUUCUGUUGUCAUUUGCUGUUAUAUUUUCAUUACUUUAGAAAAUGUCAGGAUAACUUUACAGUUUGAGGGGGGAAAUAUUUCUCUGCUGACUUCACCCCUAAUCAGUUUCUGAAUAUAUUGCUGAUUGGAACUACAGUUCUAAACAUAAUUCCUUGAAUGUAAGUCUCAUUGAAAUCAAUGAAACUUACUUCUGAGUAAAUAUACUUAAAUCUGCAUAUAAUGCAGUUUUUCUUAUGCAGUAUAAAUUACUUUUACCUAGAUUGCUCCUAUCUAUGUGUGGUAAAUUAUUUAUAUAAGUUAACCCAGCAAUUAUUUCAGGAUUAGAUUGACAUAAGUUUCAACAUUGAUUACUUAGGCGAGGAAGUAGAUGGCAUACUGGACCACAUCAGCGAGGCCAAAAGGGGGGAAUUGUCGUCUGGGCAGUCCAGGACCUCCAUACACUCUGCCCAGGCUUGUGCCCCAGAGAGAUAACUUCAGUGCUGCCAAAGCAGCAAAAACAAUGUGGGAGGCAGCAGUUAUGAGUUACUGGUCUCUGCAGCCACAAUGGGUGCUGUGAUACUCCAGUGGUUUGACUUUGCCCCUGGAAGUGCACUGCAUUGUCUUUUGAGACAGAUGGAUGCCAACAAGUGUAAAUAAGUACCUCCUGAUGUCUGCUCUGAAUCUUCCAACACUAAGUUUCACUGUCCACGAGUUCUAAUAUUACAAGUGAGGGAGAAAAUCUGUCUCUGUAACCACACCAUGCAUGAUUUUAUGCAUCUUUGUAUUAGGAGGAAUGUGCACUAAAAUGCAUAUGAAGUUUGGGGAGCACUUUAAUAAUGAUAAAAAGCAUAAACUGAUGUGGAAGUGUGGGCUUACUGCACUUAAGACUGAAAAAUGAAAAUAGCAGAUUCAUCCAGUUAAAGUUCAGCCCUUUUAAUUAUCAUUGAAUGCAGUUGGAGAUUUAAGCAUCACCCUAAAUAAUUCAGAUAGGUGGUACUAAAAGGUUGUUAACUUUUGCUAGGGUUUAUACCUCCUUGUCUCUAAAAUUCCUCGGUGUUUCUACCUGGCAUCCUUCUGCUAAAGGCAAUCUGCGGCUGCUUUGGGGGAAGGCUUUUGUCACUACCCACCUCCCGAGCAAGCAAAGUGGCAAAAAUGUUCCUGGGGGAGGAAAGCAGCUUCUCUUAAUUCAGGGCCCAUUGAACAAUAUAUCCCUAUCUCAGACUGAAGCCAGUGUAGUCUGUGAACUGCCUGGUAGGAGGAAAGCUAGCAGUUCCCCAGUCCAUCCGCUUUUUUGGCCUCCUUUGGGACGCCAUUUCAACAUGCAAGUUUUCUUUAGUGCAUCCGCUAGCGUUGCACUAGAUGGCACUGUUGGUAUGCAAGAGAGAUUGUAAUCAGAGUCAUAUUUGUUAUGCAAGCCCUGAAACCCAGAUGCACCCGGCUACCCAUACAUUGGAAAACGCUACAUUUCUUUCUUCUCAAAGGACACAUGCCCACCAUUACUUUCUAAUUCUGCACACGCAUCCUUCUCAGAUCUGGUUGUUUGUUUGUUUUUUUCAACCGCCAUGUGUGGAUGUCUGUCCAUGAUUAUUAUUUUUAAACAGCAAAAAUGUACUGAUAUAAACCAAGUGAACUCAAUGGAAAUGAAUUGGCUUAACCCCCAAAUAGUUUUAUUUAACCCGGCCGUCACUGUGUAAAAGGUUGGGUGCUCCCAUGCAAGUUACACAUUGUUGACUAUGGUAAUGAUGUCAACGAGUAAAUUAUGUUUAUGAGAUGAGUGCAGAUCAAUUCACCGGGAUUAAGGCAGCAUUUAAGAAAAGAACACAGAGUGGAAAAGACAGGUUUGAAAAGGCUGAGCCCAUUGCAAAGAUAAGAAGGACUUUUGUUUGUUGGCAGUCUCCCAAGGCUCACGGAAACAUUUCGGUUUUUCCCAUCCAUAGAGAGAAGUUGACAGAAAGCAGAGAAAAAUAUCAAUCACAGUAUGCUCCCAGAGGAAACAACUUGAAAAAUAUUUUCAAAAUUGGGCUUUCCUGUUUAGGGGAAACAUUUGCUUUUCUAAAAUGCACACGUUAUUCUUAAGAAAUAUAUCUGCCAAAAGGGGAGAACAAUUUUGUUUCCUUAGAUUGAGACCUCCUAUCUUGAAAUGCAGAGCCAUUCUUAACAUAUUCAGGAACUGAACAGUAAAAUGUCAGUUGCCAAUUCUGUGUUACAGAGGACUUUACUCCAAUUCCGUACAAAGCGCCACCUCCUCCGAAAGUCGAAAGAAAGUUCCCACCGUAUCAUGGAUUUGGCUCUGAAGAGGACUCCCUUUGCUCCUGCACGGGCUUGCUUCCCAAACCACCCCAAAAAGACUUCAAGAAAUUCAUGGAAAAAGACAGGUACCUGAGCAAAGGCAAUAUUUGGAACCUACCCCUCCCCUCGAUUCCUGAAAUGGAAAGUGAGAGGGGGAGGGAAAUUACCAUUAAACGUUUUUAUGUCAACCAAUUUUACAAAAGGGCUUUGUAAUAUUCAUAAUUCUUAUGAGUCAAGCAGAUAAUAGAUUUUCAGAAUUUAGAGUCUGAGUUCCUACCAUGCAUGCCUGUUUUCAUGAAUCUCAAAGGCUUAGCUCUAAAAGAGAUAACAAGAACCACGAUAGUGACACACUAGUGUCCAGUAUGUAAUGGGGGAGGGAUGCUGCUCUCUCCUUCCUUUGUUUUCCCAUUUACUUUUCCUGUUUCCACUGUCUAAUCACAUGCUGUGCUGCCUAGUGAUGCUUUAUCAGUUUUGUAAGGGAUUCUGGGUUUUGUUAAACUUUUUUUGGAAUCAGUGCUUCUGUGCUACUAUGGUUUGCUUGGGAGUUUUUAUUAGCAGAAUGAUGGAGGGAGAGCCCAGGCAUGUCCGCUUACCCCCUUUUUGGUGGUGCGGCAGCUUUGUGGGACGGCCAGUGCCUCCCCUCCUGCUGACGAUGCAGGGCUGGGUGUCGGGGUCUGAUCCCUGCCGGAGCACGAGCUUCAGCUCCCACUGCUGGCUUGAAAUCCUGCUCAGCCUGCCAAAUUGGCCAGUGGUGCGGAGGGCUGGGCUCUCAGGGAACAGGCUCUCGGGAACAAUCAGGCUUCCCUCAGGCCCACUCCUGAGGGAUUUAAAAUAGCUCACACCAGCCCCCAAUGCCCAGCUCUUCUUUGUGGGAUCACAGUUGCUGGGCUUUGUUGGCUCAAGCUCAGCACAAGACCCGGGGGAUUUUUAGCCUUGGUGUGUGUGUGGGGGGGUUGUACCCUCCCCUUCCCCUCCAGAAAUAGGGUACCCUGUUAAAGGGAUCCGUGAUGGAGUUGCUUCUGACCAUUUGCCCAGACGGGGGGCUUGGGCCUUAGCACUCUUAGAGGCGGGGAUCCCCCUAAUUGAUGUAAGUCAUAGGAAUCCCUGCUGCUGGGUUGAUCCUGAUGUCAUUUCUGGUAGGCAGCCCAGAAAAAAAUGCAUACCCAAUGUCUAUGUCAAACCACUUCAUCUGUAGGCAAUAAAGUCGUGGCCUGAUUUGAUCCCAUUCAACUGUAUGGUCUCCUUUAUUGGUACCUCACCUGAGCAGGGGCGGGGGGUAGUGUGUGAUCGUGUCCUGCCAAGUAACUCCAGAUCCAUAAAAUCAUGUGUUUCUUGUCUGGUGUGGUAUAGAAUCCAUUGUUAUUAGAGUACCAUUUACAAUUUAUUGCUUUAGUUUGUAAAAUUGUAUGCUGCUUUUUUAAUCAGCUACCUCACAGAGUGAACACUUUGUAGAAUGUAAACAGCUUCUGAUAUUUUGCUACUGCUUAAGCUUAGGUUGGUUAUUCUGCCCCACCCCCCAAACAAAAAUGUGUUUGGAAACACAAAAACAAACUCAUUAAAGGCAAAACCUGGGCAUGGGUAAUGGCAAUCUUCUCAGUGGUUCAAACUGAUGUAAAAGUUGACCAAAGACUGUUAACUUUUUAAUUGUUUUACUAAACAAAUGGCAGGACUUCUCCAUGUAAAGGAAAAGGAGACACAUCUUGAAUUUGUACCUCUUCUGCUAUUACAGGCAAGGCCUCGAAAGUAAUUUACUGCGAUUUCUUGCACAAUUUAUUACUACUGAUCCCAUUGACAAAGACCGGAAGUUCAUUGUUUCUUAUUAUCUGAGUGAUGACACCAUUCAAGUGUUUGAGCCUCCCCAGCGAAAUACAGGUGAGAGAGCAGAUUCAGUUCUAGGUAAUUCUAGUGAAAAGGGCAGAGGGCCUUAGUUAUUUAUUUAUAUUAAAGGAUCACAACCUUCGUCAGUUGGGCGGAAAUAAAUGUGAGAAAUAACUCGUAUAGGGACACACAAGGCACACACAUUUGAAGGCAGGCAGACCUGUUGUGUUAGAAAUGGUAGCACCAUCCCAGGAUUACCUACCCCUAGCAGAGCUGGAUUGGAACGAACUAGUGCCAGCAUAACAAUGGAUCAUGCAGAGACGCAGUGGCCAAACUCCUUUGAGGAUGAAGACUUGAAUGUGCAGGAAUCUUUAAACAUUUGCUGAUUUCUAAAAACCCAAAUUGUUGUAGCAUGUUUGUAUGCCCUGGACACACAGGUUGCUAUUCAGUCUUGUCUACAAGCCUACAAAAGUCCCUGCCCUGCAGAAUAAUGUUUUGCUAGUCUGUUGGGGGCUAGCAGAGGAAGAAAGGAGGGCGUUUCUAUGAUGGGGAGAGAUCCUAUCGCUACCAGGCAAAUCCUUAAAUACAAGGCUGUGUAAAAUCACAACCUCAGAGGCUGCAUGUCCUCUGGUUAGUAUCUGUAUGGUAUGUAAUUGUGGUAGCCUCCUCCUCCUCCAAUUUGGUCAGCCCCCCCCCCCAAUUUGUUCUGAUUCAGGUGUUAAUCACCAAUAAAAGCUCUUGCUGUCUCUGGCCAUAAACUGCGUAAUUGGAUAGAGAUGUCUAAACUGAAACCCACCAUUUUCCAUGGUAGCAAAAGAGUCCUUGAUUUUGUAUGGGCAUUUAAUAUGCAGCAUGCUGUAUGGGGGGCGGGGAAAAGCAAAUUUAGGUGCACUUUCCUGAUGCUUCAGUAAUGUAUUGGUGGUCUGAGAAUUUAAUGCAGUUUAGCUUUUAAGGAGAUUACGCAAUGCAACUGCAAUUCCCAGGCCUAAAUGGAUCGCAGGUGGUAGAGUCUGUUGGAUUUGGAUGAUGGUUCAUUGUUGGUACUGUAGGUGGGGCAGGGGUGAUGGAAGCGGAUUAUACCCUUUUCUCUCCCAGUGUUUAUGAUAAUUACCUGGUGCACUUUGUUGCCCCUUUUGCCUCAGAGGCAGCUGUGCAUAUUUUUCAAGAUGGGGGUACUGCCUGCGGGUUGGGAGACUUGACAAUAGGUUGGGUAGUUUGCUGGUGUGUGAAGGCUAGGGUGAAGGCUCCAUUGGCAAUGAAAAUGGCAAUCCUAAGGGAUGUGUGAGCUUGCUUCUGGCUUUUUCUAGACUCCUGUGCUUGGCUGACCAGAUCCUUCUGGGAAGCCUGAAAGUGGGACCUGAACACAAUACUCCUCUCCCCAACUUGUGAUUCCCAGCAAUUGGUGUUCAGAGACAUUUACUGCCAUCGGAUAGCCCGGGGAUUGGGAGCCAGUGCCCCUCUAGCUGUCAUUGGACUCCAACUCCCAUCAGCCCCAGGCAGCAUGGCCAUUGGUUGGGGAUGACGGGAGUUCAGACUAAGACCAACAUAUGGAAGGCCACAAAUUCCCCAUCUGUGAUAACAGCUGAUAAGACUAGUAGCCAUUCUUUCUUCAGCUAGUGGUGAUAGGAAUGGGGACAGACUUGUUUAUCAUCACCCUCAAAAUUCAUACAAGAAGGUUGGGUCUGGUAUACUCCAACAUUCUGGGCAAUUGCAACAAAAGGAAGUGAUAGAAACUCUUUCCUAGGUGCUGUUUGUGCUCGGGUAAACAAGAUGGUAUACUUUGUGUUGUGCUGUAUUUCUGAAAACAAAAUACCGCACCUUCUCCAACCUCCCAGAUCCUUACACUAGUGGGAGAGAAAGAGAGAGAGAGAGAGAGAGAGAGAGAGAGAGUAGUUUGGGCUGUGCUGUCUUUGUCAGUGCCUUCUGAAUAAUUGGUUUUAUUUUUCCAUAUAUUUUUUCAUUGCAAAAAUUAUUUUAUAGUUGCUAGAAAGUAAAUGUCUCUAAGUGAAGAAACCCAGAACCAAUAAUGGCAUUAAAAGCUUUUGUUGACUAGAUAAUGCAGCUGUCUGCUCAAACUGAUGGUCUUAUGUGCAUCAGUAACUAGAUGGGAGGAAGCUGUUGUGACCUGGCUUCUAUUCUUGACUCUUAAAUUUUCAUGCUUUUACAGGCUUAAGUCAGAUCCUGAAUUUUACCUUAAUGGAUUUUUCACCUUUCAGUUUUAUUGUGAAAGGAAGAUUUCUGAACCAAACUCAGGUUGAAUAAAGCAUUACAGGUUCUGCAUUUACUUAUAAUUUGGACUCUAAAUGGAAUUUCAUUGUAUUGCCCAUCCCUUUUUACGACACUUAUAUCACCAAAUAAUACAUAUGAAACAUUUUAUGAUGCCUAAUGCAUGCUUUGGGGCUUUCGGUUGGGAGCGCAGAUAUAAGCAGGAAAUGAACCACAGGCAUACCAGAGUUCAUGUACUGCUUGUUCAGCCCAAAGUAUUAUAUGUCCAAGGGAAUGAUCUGAGGGCACAUGCUACAGCAGCCACUUAGUUGAAAGCUAAGAGGGUCUCUGGUUGGGUCGGUGCCUGGAUAGUGGACUCCCUGAGAGCAUAAAGACUUCCAUUCCACAAUGGAAAAUGGCAGACUAUAAAAGUACCUAGUAAAUCUGGGGUUGACCAGGUGGUACCCCCACAUGUUCAUCAGAGCUUCCAUCAGCCCAGCUUGCAUGGCCCAAAGGUCAGGGAUAACUAACUUUCCCCAUUGAUUUCAAUGACUUGGAUUCUAGGAUAAACUAACUUAGGGAAGUUUAUGCAUGGAAAGUUUCCCAUCUCCUUUCAGCCACAGGAGCCCCUUGAAAAACCUCCUGAGGGCCGGCAACACUCCUGAACAAUGUGUGACUGAUGGCAAUCACCUUAGGCUUGGAUGAUAAGAUAACUUAAAGAAAUUGAUGGAAGGAAAGUUUCCCAUUCCUCUACUUCCAGGAAUUCCUUAAGUUAACAUAAUGUGGAAUCCAACCCAUUGAAAUCAGUGGGUCACGUUCAUCUUCCUUCCCAGCAGGCUCCUGUACCACAUCCCACACCAUUCCCAACCCACAGAAGAAACUUUAUGAGGGAUGCACUUAGCUGUUGUGGGUGGGAGGAAGGAUGAGAAACUCCUUUGUCAGACACUGAAAUGGCCAUAUCAAGGAAUCUGCAUUUAAAGCAGGAAAUAAAUAUUGUGGUAUGGCCAGUUGGCUGAUAGGAAAUUUGAGGGUGCAGUUUCUUUGGUUUCUUUCUGAAAUAUAUAACUUGUUAUUUAUUGUUCUCUUGUUACAGGGAUAAUUGGUGGGAAAUUCCUGGAAAGAGGUCGUGUUAAGAAGCCUGGGCAAGAGCUAUAUAAGGCUGAACUGUCUGAGUACUACACAGCAAAGGAUCUGUAUGUCGGAGCUAAAGUGUGUUUCCAUGGACACGUCUUUCUUUUGGUGGAUGCUGAUGAGUAUGCUUUCAACUACAUGGAGAAACAUGCAAAUGAGGCAAGCUGUGCUUUCCAAUCCUUAUUUGGCCUUUAAAGCAUAUGGAGUUUUAUUAUCUUGCUUAAAUAAUGGUGGCUCUGAAAACCACUGUUUAUUCACCCCCAAGAUCAACACAGAGCCACCGUUGUCUCAUUUGAAAACGACCCGGUGAGAAAAACGGGUCCAUGUUCUCAACCUGUUCUCUGCGAGAUACAUACCAAAUAAUGUCUUUGGUAAAUGUCAUGGAGUGCACUUUGUGCCUGAUGAUUCAGGCUCGCAGAUUGACUUUCAUAAUGUCCUAAUCCUGCCUUUGUUCCUGGAAGAAUAAAUCAGCAAAAGCAAAAAAGAGAACUGCUGAUACAGUCUGCACUGUACCAGUUAAUUUUCCCGUGCAAAAGAUAAAGGAGUCGAAGUUAACCAAACAAAAUCCAUAAGAACAUCUGAUAGUUGUUAUGGUUCCUUCUCCACAAAGGAGAGCCCUUGGGAGAAAGAACAACCAAAUAGAGAUAAAAUUAGGAUCCUGAAAAAGAUAGUACAGCACUAAGGACACUGUUUUUAAAAAGUCGUAUGUUAUGGGUUAUAACGUAUUCUAAUGAAAUAGCCAUGUUUCAAUAAAGUUGCAUUAGGGUCACUUCCAGACAACCUGUUAUUGAAUGUUCAUCCUGAUGUGCUUGAGCAAAGUUUGCAGGGAGAUUAGAUGCCAACCACUAUUUAUUGAACAUUCGUUCUGAUUUGUUGUGCAAGAUCCCCAAAUGGUGAAUGCUGUUCCAUUUCCGGUGCUGAAGUAAGAUUCUGCAACAAGUCCAAAUGGCUUCCGUAUGUGGAGGGGGUGCCACAUCUUAUGCAGCACAAUGUCUUUGACUGGCACUGAUUUUCUCAGGUUGAGCUUGGCAUCACUUUGAAAACUUUUUAUAAAAGCUACUUAGGGAUUCAGUGCUGGUGUUUUAAAAAUAAUGCAAAUAUAAUGCAACUAAUGCAUGUCUUUGUCAUAAAGGAUAUGAAUAACUAGCUACUGUAGUUUUCAAGCUGCUGUGCAUUAGUACUUUGUAUGUAUUAAAUAUAUGUUCUGUUAGUCUCACCUGGACCCUUUCUUUACAGUUUCCUAUGGCCAAUAUCUGCGUAAUUUUGGACAAACUGAAGGCGAUAGGAGAACCUCGAUCAAGAGAGAUUAAGCAGAUUUUUGCAGCUGCUGAUCCUCAACACACCACCACUAUUGAUUAUGAUGAAUUUAGGUAAGUCUCUGAAUGCCUAGACGAAAGGCAGUUUAAGUUUAGGGUAUCUUCUGUGAGGUUCCUAUCAUCAAUAACAGAGAGAGAAACUCUACUAGAAUGUUGGAUAUUGGCUUUCUCUAUUACAUACAGCACAAACAGGUUAACUAACACAAGGUCCUUAGCAGUGGUACCUGUGGAGCACCUAUGGAGUCUUGUUCUGACCUGAAUUUGUAUCUUUUGGUAGGAUGGACAUAUUGUGUGGAGUUUUGGCAGUCUCAUUGCUAUAAAUGAUAGGUGCAGUGAAUACACACAGGCUGCACACACACCCUACUCUUAAAGCACAUUUUCACCCCACCCCCUGCACAUUUAAUAAACUACAGUUCCCAGUACAGUGGUACCUCUGCUUACGAACUUAAUUUGUUCUGGAGGUCCGCUCUUAACCUGAAACCGUUCUUAACCUGAGGUACCACUUUAGCUAAUUUGGCCUCCUGCGGCCGCCAUGCCGCUGGCGCACGAUUUCUGUUCUCAUCCUGAGGUAAAGUUCUUAACCCGAGGUACUACUUCCGGGUUAGCAGAGUCUGCCCCCUGAAGUGUUUGUAACCCAAAGCAUUUGUAACCUGAGGUACCACUGUAGUCUAUGGGGAGGCCCAAUUUGCUUUAAAUCUAUGGUGUGUAUAUGGCCUCAGACAUGUGAAGCUGCCUUACACUGAGUCACACUUUUGGACCAUCCAGUUCAUCGGCGUUUCCCACUCUGAUUAGAAGCUGCUCUCUAAAGAUUCAGACAGAAGGUUUUCCAGCUGCCCGAGAUCCAUUUUUUAAAAAGAGGUGUGAGGUCUCAAGCCUUGGUCCACACACCUGACUCUGGUUGCUGGCAUGUUCUGAUGAUGUGCACCUCACCCUGUUCCUAAGGCUCAUGUUGGAACACAAAAGCCUCACCGACGAGUGCAAAAUUGAAGCAGAUGACAAACCCACUUUAUUGUUCCUAUAUUCUAUUCCUGAUUUCCAGUCCUGUUCUUUCAUUAUACGACAAUUUCUGUCAUUUGAAAUCCUUAAGGCUGCAGUCUAUGCACACUUACAUAAAUCCCAUCAAACACAUUUAAUUGUCACUAAACAUGCAUACAUGUUUGCGUUUUUCUUGAUACAUGCAAUAAUUACAGAUCUGUGCAGAAACAUUGUCAAAGUAAACACGAAACCUCCCUGUGGAAACACAAACUUUUUUCACUUUCUCCUUGUCUUUUAAUUAAGGGUAUUUUCCUGCAAGUCUGUGUUUUGCAGGACACUGGCCUGAAACAGUAGAAAUGUUUAAACUAGGAUCUUCAAACUCCACUUCCAAGUCAUUUUCCUCUGGGCAGAAAAUAUGCAAAAAUUAUACUCUGCUCUGAAGCUUCCAGUUACUGUGCUCCUCCCCGCCCUUUAUCUUAUUUUCCAUCUAGCCUGGAAAUGGAUGAUUUGUUUGUUUUUUUCCUUGAAAGCUAAAGUGCGAUCCCAAAUUUUGUUCUCGGAACGCCAGUUGAUGAUUUGGCAUUAUGUUUUAAUGGCCUGGUUUGAUCCAUUUUCUACAAACAUAUUUUACAACUGGGCACUGUUUUGUAAGCACAGAUGGAUCUUUAUCAUAUCCAGGGACUCAGUUUGGAUGUUUAAAGUAAUGUGCAUGAUUGUUGUGUCUUUGUAUUGAAAUGAAAAUCAAAUGGCAAAGUACCAUGCACAUAUUGAGGUUUUAUAUUUCUGAGAAUUUCUUAUAUCAGGAAAAGUCAUACUGAUUUCCAGCAAGCAUCCACAUAUCUCUUUGAAAUAUUUGGCUUUUGUUAUGACUUAAACCCAUCUUGUGCAAUGUGCUUUUUAACAUGUGUAAUAAUUUGAAGAGAACUUUGCAAACCAACACUUUCAAAUUAUAGUGCAAUCAGUUUAACAACACGAUAGCUUUAAGAAAAUCUUGCUGCCUCGACACAGAUUGAAUUUACUUUUUGUUCUUAUUGCAAAGCCACUUCAGAACACACUGGAAAGCAAAAGAAAAAUAACAAAAAAAUAUUGUUACCAAAUCAGUAGAUUGUGCAUCACCUAAAUAUAACUGCUUUUGAAGAAGGUUUUUUUGGUGUGUUUUUUUAAUUAAUAUAUUUGUUUCCAUGUUAUAUGAAUUAGUCAUUAUUUCUACAUGCAGAUAUUCAAAAAAGUGUUUAUGCUGGAUGAGUAGAUAAAACAGCUGCAAAAAGCACAAUUAUGAGCAGUUACAACAUUCUGGAGUCGGGGUAUUGUUUAGGGAAUUUUUUUUGCUAGGGGGGUUGUUGCUGUUAUUGAUAUUAUUUUUUUUAAUCUUUAUUUUUAGAUCUUAUGAUUUAUGUGGAAGUUGUUCAGUUUGGUUGUGUACUUUUUGAUGUGUUUCAUUCAUUGUUUAUGACUACCUUUGAUAUUUUUGUAAUUAUGUUCUUUUGCAUGUCGUAAGCCACCUUGAGCAUGGUUUUAACUAUGGAAAGGUGGCCUACAAAUAAAAUGAUGUAUGCCUGUAUGUAUUUUUCCAUUUCAUUUUUUAAUUUCCAUUCCAUUUCAUUGUGUUGAAGCUCAACGAAAAUAAGAUUUAGUGUAGAUGCUAGUUAAAAAUUAGCAGUAUGUUUUGUGCCAACACAGUUUUGUACUAACGGAAGGCCACUUCAGAAAAUGCUGUAUACAUUUGUUGCUCUUUUCAGGUACAUUUCAUGCAAGCAAUUAUAAUAUGCAUUUUUUUCUUCCUCAGAAAUUUGCUGUUGAAUAUCUCAGAUAGAAAUUUAUCAGAACAUGAAAUUAUGACCCUUGGGCGAUACUAUAGCUUGAGAGAUAAGAAUGAAAUGGAUACCACCUAUCUUCUAGCAGUGGCCCAGGAACAACUUAAGAAAAAUAGCUUUGAGAAUUUUGGUCAACUCUUGGCAAUGCUUGUGUACAACGACCGGAGCAAGUAAGGAAUGACUGUGUACAUAGCUAAGUACUUAAAGGGUGUAAGGGGGUAACAGGGAAGUUAUAAUAUAUUUACAGAAGGUGUAUGUUGUCAGUAGGAUACAGCUUCUGAACUUUCAAAACAGUUGUUCUUAUUCAGCUUCUGCAUUUCUGAUGCUAAUGGCUUGUAAGCAGCUGGAUGUAGAUGUUUCUGUUAGGUAUGAGGAAAUAGCUGAUUUUCCUAUUAAUUUCUAUGAAGCCCCUCCUGGAAAUAUGGUGGCCUCACCUAGUGAGGAAGGCCAUCUCUGUCCGUGUUGAUUUUCCCAUUGGAAUUAGUGGGAAUCACACUCUGAUCCUAAUCACAUCUACUUGGAAGUAAGUUCAGUACUUCCUCUGCUUUGGAUUGUAGACCUUAAAGGCCUUUGCUUUGCCUCUGGUGGUUUGGGAGUGUCCUUCUACUUUAAGUGAUCGGAGAGCUUUGCUUCUUCCCUUACACUGAACAUAGGCAAAAUAUGUUGUCUGUCUCAAAGUCCUUUGCAGCAUUUUGGAAAGGCCCAAUGUAUCUUCUUUCCCUCCCUUUUUUGUCUGGCAGGGCUUGUCCUUUUUGCUGCUCUGAGAAUCCAGUGUCACUGUUAUGGUCUGAAUCUAAUUACUACAGGGAAACAAUUUUUAAAUCCUAUUGACUUAAUUGUUUUGGUCUGCAAUCUGUUAAUUCAAAGCUCCAGGUUUGGAAGCAAAUAUAUCAAUCUGUCUCCCACUGGCCUUCAGCACAUUUUAGCAUCCUGGAGGCAAAGUGCUUGAGCAAGCGGGAUUUCUGGGGGGUGGCGUGGGUGUCAUUUGGGUGGGCAGACGAGCCUGGUGCCUAGUGGUGGUUUCUUCUUUUACUUUUCUCUCCUUUGCCAGAAGAGCCAGAAAGCUGCAGCCCUUCUCUGAGGGUGCAUGAGGGGGAGGCCCUGGCAGAAGCACUGAGAUGGACAGGUUGGCUGGUGACUCAGGAAAAAGGAACAGGAAGUCAGACCAAUGGCCCAUCUAGCUUUUGAGUUUGAGCAGGAUCUGGAGGCACUGGAGAGUGACCUGGGGCCUUCUGCAGCUAAAGCAAAUGUCCUACCUCUGAGCUGCAGCCCUUGACCCUAAUAAGUAGGCAUGAGUAUUCCCUGGUACUCAAAGCUCCACACAAUGGAGCAGCUUGAAGGCAAGGAACAGUCACUGGACUGCAUUUUAAGAAGCUUUCCUUUCCAAAAGCUUUUCCACCAUCUUUUCCAGGUUACUAUUUUUUAAAUGCAGAUAUUGACACCUCUUAAACCAGGCAUUUUACAUUUUUCUAUUUUAAUUUAAAAAAUGAAUUCCAUGAGAAACAUUUCUGUUUGUACAGAUGCGGACUGCUGGCCAGCGACAAGUGCAGGACUAUAUGCAAGUCCUUCAGGCUACCAGUAGCAGAUGAUCUUUUGCGAGCGAUACUGGCUGCGUAAGUCUCAAUCUAAGAUUAUAUGAAUUUAUGUAAAUGGUGUGUUGAGUCAGGAAUGCUGGAAACCAGGAACAGUUUUUGAGGAAGGUUUGAAGGAGGCAUAGCCUCCCGGGGCAUACACGUAUGUUUCUUUUGUCUCACUGCUGUGGCUGGAUUUGAUGAUAUCCGGAAGUAGAACAAGGGGUGCCUCAACAAUGCUGUGCAGGGUUCCCAAAAGCAGCUUUUGUUGGGGCCAACAAGUGAAAUGUGAUAGGCCAUGACCCACGGUAGAAGCUAACAAUCUUGCUACAGCGAAAGAAGUGCUGUUCCCUCUUAAAAUUCCAGCUAUACUGCAAAAGGGAGUCUGCUGCACUCUCCUUCAAGCAGGAGUCAGUCCAGAUCUUUACCUUUUCUCCCUCUCCCCUGAAGUCCAGCUUUGACAGGUGGCCAGGGCCACCCAGCAGCCUGACAUCAUGAUGACAUCAGGUGACAGCUAGCUGGGUGGCCCUGCCCAUCUGUCUAGAGUUGACAUGUGAAGUCAGCUUCACCAGCCUGUUUCCUGCAGGGGACAGACAAUCUGGUGAAGCAGCACCCAACAGGAUUGAACUCUCUGCUCACCAGCUGAUGAGUAGUGACUUCAGUCUUGCUCUCUGCUAGGCUCUGAGCAGGAUUCAACCCACCACCCAUGUAUCUGAGGGGGAGUAGGGUGCAAUGCUGUGCUUGCCAGUUCUCUCAUCAGCUGCUGAGUGGGCGGGGUGUUAAAUCCUGAUGCAUUGGCUGCAUACACCAGUUAUAUGUCAUUGAACCCCACUCCCUCAUCAGCUGAUGUCACCCACCCAUCAGAGUGAUGUCAGCUGAUUAACAGAUGGGUGUGGUUUGGGGAAAAUGGCCUUGUGGGCCAAAUUGGCCCUGCUGGUGGGCCAAGAGGUUCCUCACCCCCACGUCAAAGGGUUGCAUGAGACAGCUGAGGAGGAGGCAUGCCUGGUGCAACUUCAAAGCAUUCCUGCAUGACUAGGGAUUGAGAAGAAGCUCACUCUCUCUUCUCUCUCCAUCUGAGGCUGUUGGGGAACACAGAGGGAACUGCCUCCUGUUGCAAACUUUUGAAACAGUUGGGAAAACCUGGAAAACCUGUUUAUCUGAGGUGAAAAUGAGAUGAGUGUACACACAACCAACAACUACCUUCAAAUUCUCACCAGAAUCUUUAGCCUGACUUGUAUAAGAUGGCAAGCUGUCAGCAGUUUGCCAAGUUGUGCUUCUCCCCGUUGAUCGCGUCACAUAUUCAUGAGAGUUUCAUUUUUGCCUUCAUUCCAAACAGCCUUUCUGUGGUUCCCUUCUUAACUUUUUAUUAACGAGAUGGAUCACAUGAGCUCCGUGUGCGUACAUUGCCCUCUGAUUCAGUGUCUUAGAGAUGCCAAAAGAGCCUGGAUUAUUGUUUAGGAACUGUGCUGUUCAGAUAGCUGUUUCAAUAGUGACGGUUUAAAUAUAUAUAUAUAUAUAAUACACAGAUUGCAAAUGCGGUCUGAAUCUGACAACGUUCAAUGAAAAGAGGGGCCUUUGUUAUUGAGGUGUGGGGCUGCUCAGAUUGAAAACGACACGGCACAGAUGUCAGAGUUCCGCUGGGCAUCUAUUGUACUGAGCAACCUGCUUGCAAAAUGAGAGUGUAGGGUUAUUGCUUUAACUUGUGUGACUUUAGGAAUAUUACAAGGUUUAUAGCUCCCAUAUUUGCAUUGAGGUGGGGGAGAAUGAACUUGCAGUUUUACUGUGUUUUGGCAUGGGCUUCUCAAGAUGUGCUGUGAAACUCACGAGGGAAGCCUCUGUGUAAGGAAGGGUCAAAGCAGUACACUGGAGGAGAAGCAUGCCGUCUCUUGGCCCAAGGCCACCCAAGUUGUCAUCCCUUGCUGAUGCCCAGAUUUUCCUCCUCCUAACUAACCCAUCUUGGGCUCUCAGGAGCUAUGAGGCUUCUUGCUCAGGUCACUUCCUCCUUACCAAACAGCCCCCUCCCCCCCACCUCCUGUUUUGCUGAGGGCUUUGAUAUUGAAUUAAAAGACUAUAUAAUGCCAGACUUGCCUUGUAUUGCCUUGUUAAAAGUGAAACCUCUCAGAACGUGAAAUGGUUCCUCACCUUUUAAAGCCCUUUGUGGCCUGUCAUUAAGACAGCAGUAGGUAACCUUUUGUCUUUUCCCUCUUUUCUGAAAUGCCUAAUAAAAAUAAGGCACAGUUAUUAAAAAAUCUGGUGCCUCCAUAAAACAAGAACUUUUCAGGGAGUUCCCUGCGGUAGGCAGAUGGAUGACUUUUGCAAUUUGCUGCACAUUCAUCAUUUCUGACACCUGCUCAUGAGCAUUAGUCAAAGGGAGUAAAAUAAUUCAUUUUUAGAACUCCCACUAACCUGAACUGCCAAAAGUUGUUCUGGGACAGCUAGAAUCCAGGAGUGAAAUGAAGAAUUCUCUCCUACUUCUGGAAAGCAGUAAUUAAAUAGAUGCAACCAGAAAAGAGAGUUAUGUUCUAUCACUUAUGAUAAAUGUAAUAAGUAUUAAACAUGGGGGCCUUGUUAUCUAUAAACCAUGGAGCAAUAAUAUGAAACUGUAUUUGUGAUGUGUAGCCUGAUCCUAAAUGUAUUUCAUAAAGUGAACUGUAUUGCACCAGUUAUCUGAAAGUGAAGCCCACCCUUGCUUUCUGUGAACAGUGUGUUUAGAAUCAGCGUAUUAAUCUGAAAAUAAACUACAGGGCUUCAUAUUGCAAAAUAUGAAUUGGGCCAAAGGAAUGCAUUACUUAUCUAAAAUACAGACAUUAAUUGAAUUUGCUGUGGUUAUUUGAUAGCAAUGAAGGCUAAGGGCUUGAAUAGUUUCCCAUGUUACUGUGCCACACUUGUUAGAAUAUUCUUUGAAAACUUGAUCCAACAAAUUUGAAAACUGGAGCAUGUCCCCAGCUAUUUCUUGAGUUAUACAGUACUAGUUUUACAGGGGUAGAAAAAGCAUGCACUGUUUUUUCCACAUUAACACACAACUCAGGCUUUGAUAGGAACAGUGAAAAAGGAGGUAGAUAACUGGUGUUCAACCCCAUCUUCACGGGGCCGCAUUUCCUGUGAAAGAUUAGGAACACAGUCAGGAGGUGCAGUUUGAGGGAGCUUUGACACUAGAGGCCCAACUGGUCCCUGAGGCCCAUGGCUGCUUUUGAUCUCCCCUCCCCACUUCACUUAUUUCAAAGAUUUUUACGCCGUCUCUUAGGGCACAAUCCCAUUCUGCACAGAGCGAGCCUGGCCAGUUACCUGUGCUCCAAUAACCUUCGGUCUAGACUAUUGAAGUGUGUUGUGGGGAGUUUCCUUUGAAGAGUGCUCAGAAACUUACCGUAUUUUUCGUCCUAUAGGACGCUCCGUCCCAUAGGACGCACCUAGUUUUUUGGGGGGGAAAUAAAGGAAAAUUUCCCCCCCUUUAUUUCCCCUCCAAAACCAGGUCGGGGAACAGCGGGAUGGCGGCGCUGCGCCUCCCCGCUGUCCCCCGAGCUUGUGGGGCUGGCUGAUGUCUGCCUGAAGCGUGGGGCGCUCUGCUUCAGGGCGCCCUGCGCGCCAGGCGGCAGGCUGCUAUCCGCAGCCUAGGGAGCCCUGCGGGAACUCCCGCGGGCUCCCCAGGCUUGCUGAUAGCUUCCUGAAGCCUGGAUAGCGAGAGGAGUCGGUGCGCACCGACCCCUCUGGCUCUCCAAGCUUCAGCAAAAGCCUGUAUUCACCCCAUAGGACGCACACAGAUUUCCCCUUCAUUUUUGGAGGGGAAAAAGUACGUCCUAUAGGGCGAAAAAUACGGUAAGUUCAGAACCCAGCAGCUAGAUUGCUACUUUUCUGGAAGCAAAUCCCAUUGAACAUACUUCUGAGUAAACAUGCAUAGAUCGUACUGCAAAUCAGUUACCGGGAAAGGAAGCGUGGGUGGAGAAGAAACUUGAUGGGCGUGCAAAAGCACCUGAAGUUAACAGAAGGGGUAAUCUGGGGUUCUGUUUGGAAAGGCAUUCAUGGAGCAACAAUUCGAUGUACAGUAGUUAAGAGAAGCACAGGGUCAAAAAUACUGCCUUCUGUGUGUUUUGUUUUGUUUUAAAUAAAGUGCAUACCCUCCAGUGGAAAAUAAUAAACAAUUGGGUUUAUAUAUAUCCAAAAAUUGCCUUCUAUUCAAAAACCUAUGCCACAAAUUAAGUCAAUCUGCAUAUGGCUGCUUUGCAUAAUAGAUUCUGGUUCCGAGAUCCAGGUAGCCAGGUUAACUUGGACUGACUGAUUCAUUUUGGGGUGAUGAUUUGGAAAUGGAAAGUGAGAAGGGUCUGGAAAAUGGAGACAGGUGGACUGUGGAAUAGAGGCUGGAGAAUGGUAGCUAUUUGAGAAGAUCAAGGCUUUUUCAGGGCACUGGGCCAUUACCUCUGCUUAACCACUAGAAGUCCCUUUCUGAGUUCUGAAGUUUUUCAUCAGACACUGUACAUGCAUUGCAAGCAUUUCUUCCUUAGAACCUUGUAGCUCUUCCAUUUCCUCCCGGUCUUUUCCGAGUCAGCCAAAAGAAGCACCCUGUGAGCAGAGAAUGGCAAAAACUUAUUAAUAAAAUUGCAGGAGGUUAGCAUAGUGUAGCCAUCUAGUCUUUUCCCAAAAGAUACUUUUGUGAUGAAAGGUUGUAAUAGUAGCUGAAAACGCACACAGAAUAUAUUACAAGGGCCAUAGAGCUUACUGAAAGAAUACACUUUAUUCUUAGUCUGAAGUGUAAAUCAGGUUUAAUGCCUGUUGACUUUUAUUGGGUGUGUUUGCUAUUUAAACAUAAGGGAUUUGGAAUAAUUAUUAUCCAGGAUUUUGGAUAUAAUCUCUAAAUUCUGGCUAUUUAUUGGGUCAAUAUUUUUAUGUGAUAAGUGAUUACUUGUCCCAAACCAGAAGAAAAAAUAAUAAUGUAAAACAUAUUUGUGGCAAUUUUCCAGAUUCCCCAUCAGCAAGCAAACACAGGAACAUAAUUACCAUCCCUAAACCAGUUGCAUACUUCUGAUAAACAAAGAUUUUUAAAAUUUUCACAUAGGACGGUUGGACAUCAUGGAAUUCAGCUUCUAAAUUCAGAAAUGAGUCCCAUAGGAAUCAGCCUAUAAGAAAUAUUCCCUUAUGAUAGAUAAACCAUGUGAGCUACAGGGACCACAACCUCCCUGCCAUUAAAUUGUGCUAGCUGAUAGUAGCAUCAAGGCAUGAAUUGCCUGGGGAAGAGAAAGCAAACAUAAGCAGGCCAGCACAAUAUUCAGAAAAUACUCCUGCCACAUCCCUCCUCACUGUGUACCCUCCCAGACAGAGGAGAAGGGAACAUGAACACCAGUUCAAACCAGGUGUUCAUCCUUUUUUCAUAGGAGAAUUCCAGAUAUAAUUCAGUGUCUACUCCAAGCAUAUGAAAUCAAAAUAAAUGAACAGUUUAAUUUUCCUUUAUUCUACAUCAUUUGCUAAUUCUUAUAAUAGCAGGUUGCUCAAACUAGACUCACCUAAACAGUUUCAUUUGGCACCCCCACUUCAUUUGGAAUUUUCAUUUGGUAUUCCCACAGUGGUAAGGUACCGCCUCUUUCCAUAUGAACCUACCCGGACCCUGAGACCCCCCACUGGCCCCACCGCCUUUUGUUGAGGGAAUGGCUGUCAAUGAGUGACAAAGGGUAUGUUUUUCCCCUCUGCACACACGCACACAUCAUGAAUUCAUGUCCAUUUGGUUUUUAUGGGUUCAGAAAUAUAGUUUCUAGGUAAAGGAUGAAAAAUCAUUGCUGUGUUAAGCAAAGUAAUAGCCAGUCACUUCCUGAAUAUGUGCAUUCCCAAUCUGAUUUUAGGUGUGAAGAUUGCAAAGAGCAAGUAAAUUAUAAGAAACUAGUCGAUGGGCUAAACUGGAGAGAUCAUCCAAUUCCAGUUUUCCAAACCAUCUUGAUGCCUUUACAGGUAAGCCAAAAGUAUUUCUGACUAAUGGACCUGCACAAACAAGAACCUCCUAUUGUAGCUUUCAAAGGAAGUCCAAACAUUUAUUGCAGUCAAAUAAUAAAAAAUGUACUUAGUAAUGAAUGAGAACAAAACAUCCAAAACAUUUUGUGGAUUCUGAAACUUCACUACGCUUAUAUUCCUAUUCCGAGGGCCACUUCUUGCUUGACUGUUGAGGUUGCACGUUCUUCUGAUGAGGCAUAAGCCACAUGUUGGGUGUCUCAGUACAUCAAAUUUCCAACCGAUUUCCUGCUGCUGCAUGACAUCUGGAUUGAAAGUAAAAAUCUAUGCUCAGCUUGCCUCAAAGUAUUUUUGGUGUAUUUCCCCCCUUGUUUUAAUUGUUUAAAUCGCUGAAGAUAAUUUUGAUGAGUACAUUUUAAUGAAAAGGGGGUCCUGAGGGAAACUAAAGGAAGGAAUGGAAUUUGAAUCCCCCUGUUGGAUUUUUGAACUUUAUCCAUUAUAUCUUCAUCUCACUUGUGAUUUAGGAUUGAGUAUUUCUGGAGUGCUUGAUGAUUAUAUCUGACACACAGAAACCUCAGGCUGCACUCUCAUUGACUAACUGAAUCCAGAGAGUUUUAUUUAAUCUGUCUACCAGUUUCUAAGCUAACAGGUCCCAGGAAAUAAAUCUUCUCCUCGCUGGUCCCAUGGCUUCAUAGAUGCAGUUUACUGCCCUGAUAUCUUCUUCAAGAAUGCUGUACUGAAGAUCACUAUUCCCCAGCUAGCUUAAUCUCUAGCAAAAACCAAACAAUUUAUGUCCCAAAAUUCCAAAGCCUGGUUUAAAGAUGAGGUCUUCUCCCAUCCCUGACAGCCAUCAAACUGUCAACUGGGUCAUAUUAUAUUGUUAGUGGAGUAUAUUGAAUGUAUUCUGUUUUUAUAGCACUGAUUCUCAAAUGGAAAGAGAGAUAGUGCAGGGAGCUUCUGGAGCAACAGAGACCUCAUCCUUAAGAUGGGCCUGGGCAUGCCUCUGGAGCAUUAUACGCUGCCUGGGAAAGGGGAGUUUUCUAUGAGGCACUGGGAAAUUAUGCACAUCCAGGUCUGGUUUAAAGAUGAGGCUUCUGCCACUGCUGAGCUCAGCUGUUUUUCACACCAACACCCUUUUAUCAUGGUAAGUUUUAGGAAAACGUGGAGGGAGGAAGCACUGUGGAGAGCUUUUUUGGGUUUGGUCUUUUUGAGUUUUCUUGGAAAGCUCAUGGAAAGCUCAAGCUUUUUCUGCAGGUUCUCUAAGAAAGUAUGGAAACCCAAGUUGAUUACAAGGUGGGCUGAGGAGAGCAAGCUCCUCACUAGUUGCACGUAACCAGUGGAUUCUUGUGGUGGUGGUGUAUUUUUAGGUUGGGCAUGGGAAUCAAUAUUCAGUCCCGCCUUCAGAGUAGCCUCUAAGAUUUUGCUAGUCUCCUGUUACUGACUCUGCUCAAAUUAAGGCUGAUGAGAGUGAUUUUGCAUUCCCCAGGUGAGUUUUAAUACUGCUGAGGUUUUUCCUUGUCUCUGCCUCUGCUUUAAGGCCAUUCGUUCUAGAAACUUGCAUCUGAUUUCUUAAGCUUAAACGUAUUCUUGUUAAUGUUACUCUAUAAUAUCAUAGUUCUGUUUGUAUAACGAUUUAUGGACGGAAAUGAGGACAGCACGGCUUCAUUGUGUUUUGUGCCAUUUCUGGCUGCUUUCCAUUUCAGCCCUAAAUGUGUUUUGACCACUUAUUCUAUUAUUUUUAGUAUGAAGAUGAAUGGAGAGGGGAGCCACCGACCCUUCCAGUGAAGAAGGUUCAAUACUUACCUCUCAUGGUGGAUCUCUUUGGUAAUGAAGAUUCUUAGCACCUCUUGCAGAUAAAUGUUGCGACUUCCUUUCUCUGGAGACUUACUGUACAUGCUUUUUUAAAUAAAAGAAUCACAGUUAUAGAUUUUUGGGGAAAUGUAAGUUUUUGGUUUUUUUACUUUAUUGUAGAAAUAUAAUUUAGAUACUUUUGUAAUUCUUUCAAACUUCAAUAGACUGUACUGUACAUGCACUUUCACAAUUAAAAUCAUUUAAAUUUACCUUUACUCUCGGUUGUUAUAUGUGCAGUGAGCACUGGGUAACUCAGGAGUUUCCAAAUGUUUUUGUGAAGUUUCUAGCUAAGGACCAUGUCCCUCACCACCACAUACACACAGCCAGACUCUGCUGCCCUUCUGUUUUCUUACAAGUUGCUUGGGGAUAGUGGCCAUGCUGAUCCAGACCCUGACACGACUCCUGACCCAUUAAAAGCUGCAUAGAAGAAACAAUUUGACCAGCCUCCCAUCACUGCAUAUCUUCACUCAGAAAAGAUGUGCCAGGCAAAACUCUUGCCUUUUAUGCAACUUGGAAAAGAUACGGACACUUUUGCAGUAGGAUGGCUUUCAUAAUAAAAACAUGAUACGUUACUUUGAGCUUGGACACAGGCCUAGUCCUCUCUCAGAUGGCAAUCUUGUGCCUUGCAGUAUCAUUCCAGAUCUGCAAGUAGCGGCUUACAGAUCUGAGUGUUCUGAGUGAUCUGACUUUGUGGUUGUAAGGGCUGCAAAUUGCCCCAUUAUGAUCUAGUUUUAGCAAAUGCCAGAUGAAGUGAAAGCACACUUCCUGGUUCUGCCACUUCAGAUUCUAGUAAGGGCUUGUGUGCUUGAAUGCUUCUCUGUGAAAGAAGAAAAAAGGUUCUUGCAAACAGACUUCUAUCAUAGUUGGGAAUAAAUUUUAAUUAUUCAGUCCCACGACAAAUAUAACAGUGGAUCUAGCAUAAUGUUCUCUCACUAUUAAUAUGUAUAUGGCAAUAGAAAAAAAAAUCUAAAACAGAAUUUCAGUGGCAUUUGAAACUUGGAGAUGUGGUAAGACUGUGGCAGAUAAGAUACGCAUUUAUGGUAUUAUCCAAAAACAAAGAAAUAUCAAGGCGGGCAAAUGAUAGAAAGUAGAAAGGAUAUUGCAAAUUAUAAGUUUUCUUUUGCUCUAUUGGCCAACUUCUUGUCUGGUUUAUUGGGGGUGGGGGUGGAAAACUGCAAUUUGGUCGUUUUUCAUAUAUAGUUUGUGCAGCUAGGAAAGGGUCAUGAUAGCUCCUAACCAGAAAAGCACUUCUGUUCCAAGUAUUUAUGAAUAUACAACUAGAAUUUGGAAUGUGGGCAGAUUUUUGAAGACCACUAAUUACAAGCAAAUUAAAGAAAGGUUUCCAUUAUUCAAGAAAUUUAGAGAAUUUUGCUUUUUUAUUCAUUAUUGGAAACAUAAAAUUGACAAUGUACCUUUAUGCUUUGCUUUCUUUAUAUUAAGAAUCAUCUGGUACUGUUUGUGUUUCUUUUUGUCUUGCUUUGUAUCCCUUGCCUUUGAGUUCUUGUAUCUGCUCUCUUCAAAGUUUUAUUGAUUGCGACUGUUGUGCCGACAUGGAAUUUUGCUUGGAAAUAAAGUUACAAGUCCAGGAAACUAAAAGGAAGAGCACAAAUAACAAUAAACCAAUAUCAC